UCCAAUUCCCACCAGUCUCAGUUAUAGUGCAGAAACACAUGGAAAGCCACUCGCUCCCCUUUUCUGAUAACAGAACAAACUGUAAAAAAAAUAACUGCUCCAACUUCCAACUGUAUCUUCCUUUAACAUGAUAUAACUGUUUCCCAAGAACAGUCAUAUGGGCAAGUUCUUAAUCAGUAAUAAUCAAUAGCUUAGGUGAAGCACUGAAUUGGGAGAAUUAAUAUUUUUAUUUUUAUUUUUAAAUUAAGCCAAGGCACACCUACAGAAUAACUAGUGGUAUUUUACAAAUAUAACGUUGUGUACUACUAUUAUAAAUGCUGAAGUUUUAAAAUUCUCUCCUACCUCCACAGGUGAUCAAACUGAAAAUAGAAAAAACCACAUACCCAUGAUGUUAAUGAUACAUGGGAGAUGAUGUUAUCCUUGCGAAGUUGAGCGUUUUAAAAAGAAAAGGCAGGAAGGUUUGAACACAAUUAAUACAAGUAGUGUUAAUUGGAUUUUAAACUAUCUGGCCUUGCUGUAGGGUUAGGGUAGUAUCUCCCCCAGGAACAAGGUAGUAACAUUUUUAGCAGGUGUGUGCAUGUAUAAAAUGGUGGUGAAAAUCAAUAAGGAAAUACAAGUAUUGUCAGGUAUUUUUUAUGGAUUUUCAUGGAAGAGCUCAUGUCCUGCCUGCUUUUAGUAGUAUUGAACAAUGAUGUUCUGUAAGGAACAUGGCUGGACUUCAUUACUGCUAAGUAUGUAUAUUUUAUAAUGGCCCUGUUAUUAUUAUAAAGGGUACAUUGCUCUGUGGUCCAGGUUGCUGACACUGGGUGUCAUCUAAUGCCAACUUAUGCACUGGAAAUCUGCUUGUGCAAUAGGACCAGACCCUCCAAGUGUCCCUAUUUUCCAGUAACGUUCCUGAUUUAUAGACGCUACCCCAGUUUCUGAUCGGAUCCCGGAAUGUCCCACUUUUCCUUAGGAUGUCCCCAUUUUCAUUGGAGAAAUGUUGGAGGGUUUGGAGAUAUGCAACCCCUAAGCCAUCUGAAGGCAAUCCUGUGUAGGGAAGUUUUUUUUUAAAAAAAUUAAUAAAUGUUUUAUUAUGUUUUUUAUAUUUGUGGGGAGCUGCCCAGAGUGGCUGGGGCAACCCAGUAAGAUGUGUGGGGUAUAAAUAAUAAAAUUAUCACUAUGGAAUGGGACGUCACUAUUUUCAUUGGAUAAAUGUUGGAGGGUAUGCAGGACCCUCUAGAGCAGAUUUUGGAGGUGAGAAGGGGCUGCAAAUGAGAGGGGAGAAAGGAGAAAUCAUGUUGUAUGAGCAGAUGUCCCCUCACCUUACACUGGAUCUCACCCAUUGCCAUGUAGUUAUUUGUUUUUCUCAUAUUGUUGGACUGAACCAAAUGCAUUCCUUGGCUCAUUUCAGACAUCUCACCAAACCGUAGUAAAGAAUUCACAAACUGUUUUGGUUUUUCCACCUUCCUCCAGAGACUACUGUAUGAAGGGACAGUGCAGUUCAGAGAGGCUAGAGGAAGAAAUCAGAAAAGAACCCCUCAACCAUAAUUUGCACAAUUGUGUUAAAGCGCAAACAUUGGUUUGAGUUUUAAACUAUUGCUAACACAAGGGCUUGUUUGACAUAAUGUCUGAAUGGAGCCAUUGACUUUGAUUGUUGAAUAAAAGAAUAGAUGUGGAAGGAAAGUGCUGCAAAUUAGGCAAGAGAAGUUAACUCAGGUUAAACAUUUCAUCUUUCUUUGGCUUUCAUCUCCUCCUUUUCCCUGAACAUUUGCACCUGGUGAAAAUUAUAGUGCAAGAGGAUCUGAACCAGGAACAUUGGCCUUCAGAAUAUACAGAAUACCUUUCUUCUGCACAAAAACUCAUUAUGAAAUUCCAGUCUUUGAAAAGUAAAAGUGGACAUCAAUUAUUUUGGCAAGUUGUAAAAGUCUUGAGGCAAAAGCAGCUGAAAGCAAGAAGUCCAAGAGUUAUUAAGCCAGGAACAGGAAAUAUACUAACCAAUUGACAAACAGGGCCUAUAACUUUUAUAUUUCAAGUACUGUACUCUUCUCACAUUGCAAGUAUUUAUAUCAAACGUCUCUAGCCAAAUCCUAGGCCGGAAGGUACCGUUGACGCACCUCUCUCAAAUUGGAAAGAGACAGGAUAAAAAUAAACGAACAUAAGUGAAAUAAAUUAUUUAACUGUGUGCAGGAUCACAUCCUUAUGGUAUUGGUGCUUAAAGGAGGUUAUGAGUGUCACAAGUUUUGUGUCUGAGGCGUCAAUUCUGUUUCUUAAAAAUAUUCCAACUGCCUUUCCUCCCCAAAUCUCUGGUUUUGUAGCUGGAGGCCCUGAUGCUCUCUGUGUUGCUGUCACUGUAUAUGCUGUGAAGGCAGUAAAAAUGAGCACUAAUCAAUCUUUCAGAGCCAAGCAAUGAGCAUUAGGAGGCCACUAUCCUGUGACUAAACACACCCCUUUUAUGGAGUGUUGGUGCUAAUAAAGGACAGCUUAUUACUGAGGCAGAGACCAAAGCUUGGGUGAGGUCAACCAUGACUGGCAGUCAUCAGUCAUUCUUAAUGAUACUUUUUCCCGUGCUUUCUAAGGGAUUCUGAGCAGAGUGCAAAUCAUUUGGGGUCAUCCAUAGUUCAUGUACCCACAGAUGGUAAAGGUUUUGAAAGUCUUUGGUUUAAACUUGUACUUAAAAAGUGGGGGGAAUCGUUUUUUUUCAAGUAGACAAACAAACAAACAAACAAACAAACACAAAAAGCCCAAUAGAUUCCCCCCCCCCAUGUUGUGUUUUCUUUCACUGUUAAAAGAUGUUUUACACACUGGAGUGCUUGUGCAUUAUAAAGAACUACAUAAAUUUAUUUUUUAUGACGUCUGUCUUCUUUAAUUAUUACCUUUGAUGUCUAUUGGUGACUAAAGAGAGCUUAACAGGAUUUCUCUCCCUUCUUAAAUUUCGCAAAGUGAAACCCAGCCAGUCCCUGACAGAUGUCUGUUCCUCACCUUCAGGAUUAUUUUAUAAAUCCCUUUCUGAUGAGCGGAAGUGUCAAAUCAAGGACAGGUCAUAAAGUAAAAGUAUAAACCUUUUAAAGAGAGACUCAAGUAAUAUAUAAACAUUCUGCACUCACUCUGAAUUUUUUAUGGUUUGGAAAAUAUAUUUUGGUAAGAAGGUAGAAAAGUUUCAACCAUUAGCUUGUGUGCAUUUUUAGAAAAGCAUCAUUUUGUUUUGUUCCUCGUACUCCUUCCUAAUUUGAUUUCAAGCAUUCAAAGAUAAUAACUGUGCUUCAGAUAAAACACGUCACUAGGACUUUUGGUUUUUUAUGCACCUUUAAAAAUACGACAAUUGUACUGCGUUUCUAUUUUUGUGUUUAUUUAAUUAAUUUACAUCUAAUCACCCAUUGUAGUAUAUCUUGGUUUGAAGGCUGUGAAGGUAGUGUGAAUUUAGACAACCGCUGUCUCCCCCCUUUCCCCUUUUUAUUAAAGUAAGCUUACUUUUUCUGAGAUUUUAACUUCUGAUACAAGUGUUAGUUUAUUUUUACUUCUUAAAGCUGAGGUAAGCUGAAAUCAACACCUUCUGGUUUCUUCUGUCAGUUCUGUAUCACCACAUAUGGGGAAAACAUGGUGUGUUGUGCAUAAAAUACAAAAGUUGUACUGAUUUUUGUCUCAGACACACUCUUAAAGCUUUGACUUGCAACAUUCAGUGUUUCAUGGAUGAUGGAGGUUUAGACAACUUCUUUUCAGUGUUUAGUGUUGUAAAAUAAGCUGUCUAUUGCACAAGCGUAUGAAUUUGUAAACCACUUUGUGAGUGAAAUGUGCUCUGAAAGGUGGGUAGAAAUGCAUUAAAUAAAUAAAAGUACAGCACCUGGCAUGUUGGUAAUGAUACAUACAGCUUAUUAUGAAUAAACAAAAAUUGUUUGAUAAAACAUAAUAAAAAAGUAAGAUUUCUGUUUGAGCUCAGACACUUUAAAAUGCACAAGUGGAAAUAUUUUCCUUUUAUAUUCUGUGUGCAGUGGUUCCUUCUUGGUAUAUAAUCCCAUUCAUUUUUAAACCCAUAAAAUAAAAACCUUUUUUUAUUUUGUCCCAUAGUUGCCCAGCGAGUGAGAUGCUUUUGGUAAUUCUACCAGUAAACGGAUUUCUGGUGUUGGUUGGAAAAUAUGUGCAGCUUUCAUAAACAAUAGAAAAUACAAUCAAAUAGUGCUGUACCUAUGAUAAGAAGUGGUCCUUGUUGAAGCUUUAUUCAAGAAAGCACUUAAAGAUGAGGGUGUUUAUGUAUUUAAAUUUAAGAAUAUGCCUUAAGUGCUUUCCUGAAUUUGGGCCAAUGUGCCUGAUGCUUCCUCCUGUUUGAGACCAGAUGUCAUAAGAAAGAAAUCAGGCCUCAUCAUGGCCCUGAUUCUUUUGCUUAUUGCAUACAGUCCUCACUUGUUAAGUGUUUCUGUCUUUACAUAUGCAGGUUAGUAGAACAGCUUACGUUAGGAAUGAUGGGCCAGAAAACAAAGCAAAAUGCCCCUUUAAUAAGAGCCUGGACAUUUGCGUAGCACUUAUUCUCUAGUAAAUUAGUUUUGCUCAGGGUACUGCCUUCUGUUCCUAUACCAUAGUAGGGAGAGGUUGCAGUUGCCACGUCGUGUAAUUCCACAACCCUUUAGUUGACACUUAGAUAUGAGCUUGCAGCUGCCUAGGUCGUAGGAGCCAACUCCUAGGGGCCACGGUCCCUUCAGCCCCCCCACCCAAUAAAAUAUUUGAGGGGGCCGUGGCCUUCAACGUUGAUGGGCACUGCCUUCAAAUGGUGUGCAUGUGCCGCGUCUUGUGAUAGAUUAUACGGGGCGGACCUUGCCUGCCUCCCCUAUUUUAUUCAAGUUGGUGCCCUUGGCCUAGACACACACACACAAAUUCUCUGGGAUUGAUGCACACAAUAGAGGAUUUUUUCAUUUUGUUGAAUCGUACUGGCACACUCAGUGCUAAGGUUUUGGAGUGGGAGUCUCUGAUUCAUGUAAAGAAUCUGGGUAUGUGCUUGAAACUUUUGGGUUUGGGUGAAUGUGUGAACAACCUCAAAUGAUUCAAGGCCUAAGAGUGGUCCUAUAAGGUUUGCAGAGUCCAUGGUACAUGAGGGCCCACAGGCCCACCCAAAUAUAUAUCUUAAAGAUAUAAAGUAUUUAAUAUAUAUUUAUCUUAAUAUGUCAUAUGCAACAGCUAUACAUCUUAUAUCCAUAUAUAUUAUCUAUAUAUCAUAUACAACAAUUUUGCUGUUAUAUGUAGCCCUCUGUUAAUUUUUUCUAUGGCAAAUAGUUCAGGUUUAAUUAAAAAUUUCUUCUCAUAAUAAUGUUUCACCACUGAUAAGAAGAUACAGCGGUACUUCAGGUUAAGAACUUAAUUCGUUCUGGAGGUCUGUUCUUAACCUGAAACUGUUCUUAACUUGAAGCACCACUUUAGCUAAUGGGGCCUCCUGCUGCCGCUGCGCCGCCGCUGCACGAUUUCUGUUCUCAUCCUGAAGCAAAGUUCUUAACCCGAGGUACUAUUUCUGGGUUAGCAAAGUCUGUAACGUGAAGCGUAUGCAACCUGAAGCCUAUGUAACCCGAGGUAUCACUGUAUGUAAUUGGAUACUGGUUCAUAUUCAAACUAAAUUAGGAUGGGUUCACCCAAAUAUAUUUCAGACAAGGGCCCACAGCAAAGAGUGGCUGCCACUGAGCCCCCAGAUCCAGGUAGAUCAUAGAGAGGCAUUAUUGGUUGUUGCCGUCAAUCUCUGGAACUCCUUUUGAAAGCUGAGGUUAACCUAUUUCAGCAGUAUUGAAAUACCUAUUUGGCUUUGGUUUUCUGGGCACAAUUAAGCUUUUUAUUAGGGAUGAGGUUUUAGUACAUAUUUUAUUUGCUGCCUGGUUAUUAUUUGAAUACUAUAUAAUGGUCCAUCAAUUUAAUGGGUAGGGUAGGUUAUGUUUCGUACCUUCUGCCUCACUUGGCCUAUGGUAUUGCUUUUUUACUUUUGGCUCUCAGCUGUGUUUAAGGUGCUUUGAGGCCAUGCUAACAGGGAAGGUUACCUCUGGGGAAGUUGAAGUGGUUCUACAAGUUGCAUGGAGCACCUCACUUUCCCCUCCUUGCUUAUCUUCACUGUCUUUUCCGCUCCUUGCCCACCUGCCAACUUUUUGACCAACCUCUGCACCCUUAAUCUCCUUGGUAUGCAGGCAAUAGAAGGUGAUCAUGCCUAUUUCCUAGCUGUUAAAAUUGCUGUUAAAACCACAAGAACAGGCCAGGGUAUUUUUUUCUGGUCAGUUAGCAACCCAGCCCUAGGGAGGCACUAGGGAACGAAAGGCAGUUCUGUGCACUUUGGGAUGAAGAUGGAGAACUGGUUUUAAUUCUGUGGCUUCCUUUUAUUUUUACACAGUGGCCCAGGAAUAAAAUGGGACACAGGUCCCAAUGAUAUAGAAAUUAACACAGUAUUAUGAGGGCUUUAUGUUCCAGUUACAAAACCCUAUGUGUUGCAUGACAAAGGACUUUAAAAUAAUUUGUAGCUGGACUAUGAACUCUCCCAGAAAAAUAAAAGAAUACUGCUGAUUUGUACAUGAAGGUUAUUUCAUUUAUAUGCAUGGAAAUUGCUAGUUGCUUAGCGUUAAGGCUAUGCUAAAACAAAAUGUCUGGGUAACAAAACCAGUUAAUGUCGUUUACAACUGUCCAGAUGAAAAGCUCUGCACAAAUCUACUGUUGGCCCUCAAUAUGGAGUGAUUUUUUAACCAAUGUGAGUGAAAGGUCAUACAUACUUCACUUCAGCUUAAAUUGAAUUUACAUGAUGCAGAUGCAUAAGAGCAUGUAUGAGAUACACCACGGGUGAGAUUUCCCUGUGUACAAGCACGUGAACGACUUCUACCUCACAUGCCAUCUGUAGACAGAUCUUUAUUGAUAUGGGCAUCUUCUGCUAGGCCUGUGGGCAGCGAGGAGAAAUUUAGCACCUUAAGAGUGGAGAGUUUGUUAUAUUAACCUGCCUGCCACGGACAGACAACACACAGCAGUUUCCUUCCUAGGUGAAGUGUGAGCCUUUCAGAGAUACUCAUUGUGGCCAUUUUAGAUUCAGCUUCCCUGCCCUCUAUGCACGGUUGAUUUUCAGGUUUUUCUUCCCUUUUGGAGCUCAGAUCCUUUAUUUUGUCUUUACAGCCUGGCUGAAUAGAAAUCAUUUAUUUUAUGCAGCUUUGUGCUUUUUUUCCUCUACAGCUAGUAUCUGCAUGAAUGUGUUGUAGCCCGAUGCGAGUUCAUUCGAUUAAAUAAAAUGCUUAAAUUGUAAUCCGUGCAAAACGAUCAUAUUUGAAACACUUGAUGUCUCGGUGAGAAUCCAUAAUAGUGAUCAGAUUUAAAUGAUUUAACACAGUAGUUGUAGGGAGGGAAAUACAGUUUCAAGACAUCCGUGUAUUUAUAUAUAAAAAAGAUUAAAACUAAAGUCAGAUAUGCUUCUCCCUCUGCCUCUCUCCUUUUUUUAAGCAGUCAAAAGAUAUACUGUAUCCUCUGUGAAAGGGCGCUUUCAAUCCAGUUAUCCACUUUACCCAGUUUCAGAUUCCAGAACCUUCUACACACCCUCAUUGGUUAAACCACUAAGCCUUUGAUUCCUUCCUGAUUACACUAUGCAAGACAUCUAUCAAACACUGUCUUAUCUGUUUGUAAGGCAGCUCAGGCCUCAGAUUUAAGUCAUGGGUUUUGGCUACAAGUUAGAGUGUGAUUAAUAAUUGACUAAUGUAGCUUUUAUUUAUCACAGGCUAGCACAUUUCACCAUUACCGAGUUAACAUAAAUUAAGUGUAAGCUGUCGUUCAAUCUGUUUUUCAACUCCCCACCCCCCCCACCCCGCUUCAAAUCCUAAGUCUAUCUUUCACUUUUUUAGAAACAAAAUCCUUACACAGGGCACAGUCUUAGUCAGUGCCAAAAAGUUGAUUUCCUUUUCAGUGGAGUCAUAUAUCACUAGCCCUCCCAGCUGCAGUGUCAGCCUCUGACAGAAUGACAUGUGUCAUUUAUCAAAGGGGCCAGUCCGGGCCUUGGGAAACGUACAUGACAAAGCCUGAGAGAGUUCAUUUCGUAGUCCCCUCCUACCCUCUCUGAGCCUCUUGCCAGGAAAGCCUGUGAUGUUUCUGUCUUCACAGCAUUACUGUAAGUCCUUCAACCUUCACAAAAUUAACCCUCACAACCUCCACCAUCAUCACUAAUAUGGAUUCUUCCUUGGAGAGUUCGGAAAUCUUUCUCUCUCUUUCUUUCUUUCUUUCUUUCUUUCUUUCUUUCUUUCUUUCUUUCUUUCUUUCUUGUGGGGGACACAAUUAGUGAUGGUAUAUUCUUGCAAAGUUUAGCUGCAUUUAAGUCAUCUAUGUGUGGGGCACUACUAUACAAGAAGUAAAAUACUAAGUUUUCUCAUUACAAGAAAAAAGAGACCUAACAAUUUCCGAAGUGUUUCAGCCUCCUCUCUUAAACUCACUUAUUACAGAGUAAGCCCCAUUGUUCAAUGUAGGACUACCCACUGAGGAAACAUGCAUAGGAUUGUAAUGUUGCUGUGAUAUAAAAGGUCUGGCACUGCACAGAAUACCUUCCCUAUGAAUUUUCAUGCAUUUUGUCGUUGUUCAGAUUUUGUCUCUGCUAAGCUUUUUGCUUGGUUUUGAAUAUUAAGUACUUCAAUAUAAAGUACCUGAACAGGUAACAUAGGGGGUUUCUUUUCUGUGUAGCAUAAAUGACUCAUACAACACCUGCACAAAUAAGGUGACUUAGUUUACAUAAUUCUCCGUAAAAAGUGCUUCACUUACAAAGAAGAAAAGCAACUGCAACUAAAAUAGUUUUACACUCGGUUGUUUAUUUAUUUUUUACCCUUGUCAUUCAGUACUAUUAUAAGGCCAUUAAGAUUAACGGCUCAAAUGUGAUUAUUUUCUUUUAACCAUAGAUCAGACUGCCAGAAUAUAAACAUAUUUUUAGCUGAAACAAAAGUUUUCCCCAACUGUCUCGUUUUUAUUUCGUAUGAGAGAACAGUUAUUGUUUUCUCACUCACACAGACCCCUUUAAAAACAUUAUGCAUAGCUGCUGCUAUCACAGUAAAAUUAUUUACAGCAUCAGAUAUCAUUUAAAGAGAUAGCUAAGGGGACUGUAGCCUCAGCGAGGAACUUUCUAGAAAGGAACCCUAUAAAUUAGCCAUUGCUCAGGAGUGGCUGUUUUCUAGUCAGGGCUGGUCCUUUCAUUUGUCUACAUAAGGCUAAUUUAUUUUUGCAGCCAGAUGUGAGCUGACAGCCAUCACUCAGAGUUUCCUUCCCCCACUGUUAGGAGGUCGGGAAAACAGUCACGUUUCCCAUUUUACAGAAUCCCCAUCAACAUUAUUGAAGAUGGAUGUAUCUUUAAAGCAAAGAUUGAUUGUGGAUAUCGGAGUUAUGGUGUCAUUUAUCAUGGUGAAUAUUAUUUAGACUUGGAUUGUACAAGGCUGUAACUUGAGACACAGCCAGGGGAGGGACAAUCUGGAAACGAGGAUCCAUGAACUUUAAUGGAUGGAUGCUUUUUCAAAGCUCCACUCACUACAGCAUGAUUUACUUUUCUUACAGAAAGGAAACAAGCAUUUCAGUUUUAAAGGGCCAGCAUGCCUUCUUGUCUCCUUUUGUGGAUCCUUCAUAGAAACAUCAAAGGCUUACAGCUGAGACACAAAUAGAGUGAUUGAAUAUGAAUUUUACAUGUAUGCAAUUAAUCCUAGCUUAAAUAUAUCAUCAUAAGAGACAUUAAAUGAGGUGCACUCAAGGCUUUUGUUUGCUUGGGCCUUUAGUCACAUGGCUGCUGAAGUGCUGCAGCCUAGCUGUAUUCUGUAUGAGAUAUCAUGAAAUUCUGGUAGCAUUAAAUAUAACCUGAUAACCAGUGUGUCAUAUUGUGAAAGCUUUCUAUAUCAAAUGGAGUCUAAAACAUACAGUUGCACGUUGCUUGAAGUGUCCUAUUGAUAUGAACCAACUAUUGACACUCAGUUGUCCAGCAUGGCAGUACAUCUUUUGAUACAUAAAAUGUGGCAAAAUGAAGGUUUUUUUUAAAAAAAUAACCUAAUUUUAUUGAGAUUUUUUUGCAAUGUAUAGUAAAUCAUUCUUAUUGCCAUAUGCCCAUAUGGUAUUACUGCAAAAAAGAAAAAGAAAAAAAGAGAGAGGUCUGAUCUGUGUGCAAUGUUAAGUUGAUAGCAAUUUGUGGUGUUUGUACAUUAUAUUGGUUGAUACCAAUGGUAGGGGGUUAGGAUCAUUUCCUUGCUUCCCAGCCUCCUUUCCUAUUCACUGCAAAUUCUCAUCAUUCCGAACCAUAAUUUGCUGGUACAUCCAUAUUGAAGUUAGCCAUAGUUCCUAAUUUGGAAUUUGUAACCAGCUUCAAAUCAGUUUUUCAAAUGUUAGGUGGGAAUGUUUGCAUUAACUGCAGUUAAUGACAUUGGAUGGUGAACCAUGGUUAAGUGCUGUGGGGAAAGGGUGGGGAAAUCCAUGCUUGAGAGGGGAGGACCUGGGGGGAAAGGGCAUUAUAGUCCUACCACCUGCAGUCAAUCCUAUAACCAUGGUUAAGGCCUGGCUUGUAUUACAUAUAUGCUGGUCUUGGAAGUACUUUCUCACUUUUUCAGGUGAAGCUUGCAAUGGUGCGUAAAGCACGAUGAUGCAGUUCUGCUUAGAGUGUUGUUACCAACUCGUUGUUCUAGAACUUUCAUUAAGUUCGUAACAACGUAAUUUAUAUUUCAAAAUGCAGUCGUUUUAAAUUUUGUAAUGUUGUUUGUGCUUAAAACUAAUUUAACCUUUCUGUAAAUAUUUAGCUAAAUUGUAGAAUAUGAGCAAUCUGGUGAACCAAAGAAUAGCAUGUAUGGCAUGAGUACAGAUGAUGGGGUAAAGAAUGAUUUCUGAAAAUGAAGGCAUCAGGGGAUCUUGGUAAUGUGAUGCUAUGGACCCAGGAGAGGCUUGUUCUACUGAUUGCUCUGGAUGCUUUUUAUGCUUCACAAAAAUGGCUACUGUUGGGUUCAUUAUGAGGCCUUCCAGAUUUGGUUUUGAGCAGAUACAUUUUUUACAUCGGAAAUAAAAUGGGCAUGAGGUAACUAACUGGAGGGUGUCUUAUAAUGUUCUAUAGAUUUCAUUCUCCAGUUCGUAGAGAUCAGCUUCUAGUUGUGUAGUAGGCAAACAUCUUUAGUGAGUAGUCUUUCUAAAUAAUAAUCGUAAGCUACGUUUUUGACUCGUCUGCUGCUGUUGAAUUAGUUCCAUUUUACAGUUUACUGUUUUGAUUAUUUGAUGUUCUUAAUACGUUUUGGUGGCUGCUUUGAGUGAGUAACUUUUUUAGGACCAAAAAUUCAGGAUUGGAAUGAUCCUAUAAAUAAUAAAUGUCUGGAAAACCCAAUACUUCAUAAUAUACAGGCCGUAAUAGGCAUUGGAAUUAUCUCCUUUUUAACCCUAAAAACAAGGUGUAAGCUUGGUUUUAAGAGAAAGAAUAUAAAACAUUAAUGAAAGUUUUGUGCAACCAGAAUUAACUUUUUUCUAACCUUGAAAAACAAAACAAGGUGUAAGCUUGGUAUUAAACUCAACGUUAAAAGAGAGAGAAAUAAUAUAAAACAUUAAUGAAAGUUUUGUGGAAGCAGAAUUAAAAUCAGCAACAAAAAUAAAAACAAUUAAGAGCAUCUGUUUUAGAAUGCUUAUCAGUUCUGUUUAUAACAAACGAAGAAAAUCCAUUAUCUGCAACAAUAAGGGGAAUUUCCUUUUCCAAAUGUUGAUUUACUUGCAGAAGUGUGAUCUUGCAUUUAGAUAUUUUUGGCAACUAAUGUUCCUCUCUGGUGUUUGACAUUAUAAUUUCAGGGAUACCAGUCUGCAUUCUGAGCAGUUUAUAGCCUACUUCACAACGCAGUUACGACGAGGGGUUGGCAUCUAAACUAAUUUAGACACUUUCUCUGAUAGGGAACCCACAGAUAGCAUGAUCUACAACACACUUAAGCCAAUGUUAUUUGAUUUUAGCCUAUAUGCUCCAGUAUUUAAUACAUUUUGGAAAUAAUAGCAUUGAGUUUAAUAUGCUCAUAAUUGUGUCCACCUAUGGCAAUUACAAGGGAAAUGGCAAUCUGGUUGUGGUGGCAUGUUGCCAAAGGCUGAGUUCAGCACAUGGUGACAGGUGCACACAACCAGCUUGGGUAAAAUAGCCACUAGGCUUUUUCACUGCCACCAGAUGUAAUAGUUCUGACAAUGACCACAGUCUCAGUAAGUGUGUUUAGGGUGCAGCCUGGUCUUAGACAUACUACUUGCUUUGAAGUCAGUUCCAUAGAUGUCGAAGAGAAUUCCAAGCACAUAUGUUUAGGAUCAAGAUUAGUCCAAUUCAGUGCAAAUAAAUUUGCUUAAAUCCUAAUACUUUGGCUUAAAAUUAAAUGGAGUUGUGGUUUGGGUUGUCAGCCCAUUCUAGACCUAUAAACGUGGUUGAAUUUGCAUGAGGGUUAUUUUUCUCCCGACCUGGAAGCAUGCAACAUGUUUACAAACAGGAAGCAGUUCAUUAUAUUCAUAUUUAUCACAACAUCUGUAAUGUCGACCAGGGGUCAAGUCAUUACACUAAAUUUAUUGUAACCAUUAUUAAUGCAUGUAGGCUUGUGCCUCAGUUAUGAUAUAAGACUGCUGUUUCUUGAUUAAAAGCUGUUUGGCAAUGCCGAGAUAGAAUACAGAUUCUCCCUGCCUCAUGGUGACUGACAGCAGCUUCUGGUAUUCUUCUUUUUUCUGGCAGUGGAGUAUAUUAAUAUGAACACACCUUGCAGAGUAGGCUCAGAGCUGCAAGAAGUAUAGAAUGCAGAAAACUGUCUAAUUUCAGCAGGCACAACUGUGCCUCCAUAAGGUAGCCAAAUUUAUCACGGCACAUUACAGAAUGCAGCAAAUGUCAUGAAAGCCAUUGUUUUUUAAUUUUUUUCCCUGGGUGUCUGAAUGAGGUGAUUUAUGGUAGUUAUCCAUCUUAAGGGUCAUCUAUCAAUUUUUAGUUGCUAGGCAAUCAAACUAGCAGCUGUUUGCUUUGAAUCAAGCUGAAAAGUUGUCAGUCAUCGCAUGCAGGUAUGACCUUAGUGGUUAAAUGCAUUACCAUGCAUGCAAAAUUAAAAGAAACAAUGUCCUCCAUUUCACCCAUCAUGUAUGGCAUAUUGUAAGGCUUAACGAUAAUUGUAGUACAAAAUGAAGUGGUGAAAAAGGAGUUUGUGUGCGCUACAUACUAGACAAUACCUUCUGUUUUCCUCCCAAAAUAGCUAGUUAUAUCUUUUCAGCAUGGAACGUUGUUUUCCCUAUUAUCCCUUUCCUUUCUAAGAAGUGUUCAUUUUGAAGACAGCGACAAAAGGAAGACAAGGUCAUCUUCUAAGAUACAAAUUCUUAGGAUGGUAGAACCUCCCUACUAUUCCAGCAGAAAUUUUGCUCUUACGUUGCAGUUUCCAGGGACCUUAAACAUUGCAUUGACACAAAUGUUUAGCUUUGAGGAAGCCAUAUUCUAUUAAUGAAAAUUAGAUUACCGUGGCUGCGAUCCUAAACACACUUACUGGCAAUAAAUUUCAUUGAGCUACGUGGAACUUUCUACUGGGUAAACAUACUUAAGAUUGCAGUGUGUCCACGUGUGUCUCCUGCAGUCAGCUUGCUAAUGUUAUCUUGAGAGGAUAAAUCUAAGAAAGAGAAAAACUAUUGUGCAAGCCAUACUCGGGCUUUGUAAGCAGAUGAUUCUAGUGACAGCACCACACAGUGCUCAUUUUUGAAGCGUUCACAUUCUGCUCAACUACUGCUUGUUAGUAUCCCGAUAUACUAAUGCCCUGCUAUUAGUAUACAAAGUGCUUCACAAUCUUUUAUAUCAUCUGUCCUCGUAACAAAUUGUGAGGUAGAUCUUUAACAUUCCUGUUUUGCAGAAGGAGCACUGAGGUUGAAGGAUAGUGAUUUAAAACAGAAGUAUGUGUGGUACAGUGCUUGCUACUGACUAAGCAUCAGGAAGAACUUUCUGACAGUAGGAGCUGUUCGACAGUGGAACGGUCUCCCUCGGGAGGGGAUGGACUCUUUUCCUUGGAGGUUUUUAAGCAGAGAUUAUGUGGCCGUCUGCCAUGUAUGAUUUAGAUGAGAUUCCAGCAUUGCAGAGGGUUGAGCUAGAUGACCCUUGGGGUUCCUUCCAGAUCUGCAGUUCUAUGAUUCUUUGAAAGGCAGUCAUCAUCACUUCUUUAUAUUGCAAUCUGUACGCAAUUUUGUGUCUGCCUGGUCAACUGCUGACAUCCUCCAAAAUACGGAAAAAUAACUGAAACGAAAGCCUCAAGAGAGUGUCACUGCUUUUGAAAAUCUAAACAAACCAGCCUACCCUGGAAAUAUUAUACAGGGUUUGAUGCAGAGGAUUCUGGACAGCAUUUGAAGAGAAUUGAUUUGCAGAUGGCUUCAGCAGGAGGGCAAAACUGUGUUUAAAUGAUCCUUCAAUGUAAGAAUUUAGACCAAUGUCAGAAAAGUUCACAUCCUGUACAUUCUAGUUAAUAAGAAAUGGCAUCUAUCCACAACAAUAAUUGUGUACACCCCUCGCCCCCCCCCGGCUGUUGAAGAAAGAACUUCUCUGAGUUGUCAAGAAGCUUCAUAGAAGAAAAGGGAGAGAAGCUUUUAAGCAUGUGUACUGUGCAUUUGUGACACUGUAUUUAUUUUGAGUUGUUUUGGGCACGGUUCACCAUGGAAAAGUGACAUAUAAAUUAAACUGAACUAAACUAAAAAUAUGCUUCUUGAAAUUGCUUGAAUUUGAAGCAUUAUGUGCAGCUCUGUGUAUCAGAUAAAUCAGCAGUAAAACUCUGACCUGUGACAUGCUCCUGAGAGUUCUUGCCAAAACACUACUGCAGUGAUUCUACUGGUUACAACACUGCUUUCAGUAGAUGCACUCUAUCUUGAUCAACAGUGCUAAACAGGACAAGGGCUCAGCAGCCUUGACAAUUUUUUUCUCUUUUUGGUUCGUAGCUUCAGAUGACUGCAUAUAGGCAGAGCAUUCCAAAGGUGGUGAUGGUAGAUUCUCUUACACAGAAACUGUCAUUACUUAAAACCUGCUGGCUCGGUCCAGCCAGGGCAAAAGGCGUUGUGGACAGGGAAAUUAUUUCCCUCUCCCGAAAUUCAGACUUCAUUUUGUUAAGAGUCCUGGGAAUUGUAGCUUUGUGAGGGGUAAACUAUAGUUCUAAGGAUUCUGUGUGGGGAAGCCAUGACUAUUAAAGUGGUUUAAAUGUGGUUUAAAUGUGUGCUAUAGGUGUAACACAAUUUGCUCGCCUCUGUUGAAGUAGGAAAUACGGAUUUAAAAGCCCACACAACACAUUUGGGAACUAUGCACACUUUUGAGGAAACUGAUGCAAAGUUGUACUGGUGAUAAAACCCUUAUGCUUCUUUAAAACAAUUGCCAAUUUUAAAUUAUUAUUAUUAUACUAUUUUCACAUAGGUUUAUAAAACCAAACAUAGCAUAAACAUGGAAAGUAAGAAAAAUAAAAUAAUUAGAGCCUUUAGAUAAAAUAAGGAUCAGUUAAAAUCUACAGCACAUGUGUUGAAGCUAGUGCCAUGCAUACAAAUAAAUCAAAUGAUGGACCCAUGAUAAAUAAGGCAUGGCCUGGUAAUCACUUUCCAUAGUGAACUAGAAAGCUUCACCAGACAUUGAGAUUACUAGUCUUUGCUAUGAAUAUAUAAUUUUAUAUUUUCCAGGCUUUGCUGGUGGUCUGUCCAUACUUUUGAUAAGUGUGAUUGAUGAGACAACUAGGUAGGCAGAAAAGUUUAGCCUUGUGGUAACAAGAGCACGGAUUAUCUGGUCCAGUAUUCUGUUUUCUCAGUGUCUAAUGAGAUUCCAGUGGGAAGCUCACAAGAAGGACCUGACUGCAACAUCACCCUCCCCACUUGAGCUCCCCAGUAACUAGUAUUCAGAAGCUUGCUGCAGUUGCCUAGGUCAUUAUGUUUUCAGCUGUGCAGAAUCUAACUUGACAAGCUAGUGACAAUCUGUACUGUGUGUAGGAGUUUUGGGUGCUUGCAAAAGUGUGUUUUGCUUUUCCACUUUCCCGACUGAUGUGGUGAGAGCUAGUUUGUGCAAGUGUACUUCCUUUGUUGAAAAGAUGCUAUGGAUGUGCCCCGAAGUCUCAGUGUCUCCCACUCCAACUCUACUGCAGAGGAAGUCACAGGUGUGAUAUAACUCCCAAGAGUAAUGAAAGGGUGGUUGGCAACCAUGGAUUUGAUGCUGCUCAGUUUGUAACACAGAAUUUUCGCUUGAGGUAUUUUUAUUUUUAUUAUUUUUUGCUAUAAGCCCCUUCAACUUUUUCUUGGCUCUCCGCUCCUGGCUGUCAUUUUGCUUCUUGAAGGAGGCAGGGUUUUGUUUUCAUUUUUUCUUUCUUUCAAAGCAUUGGAAACCACAACACUGCUUCAUCUGGCUAGCAAUUCUCUUUUGUAGUCUUGGACUGGGGUGGUUAGCACUAGUAAGGGGUAUAAUGUUUAUUCCUGAAUACAUUGAAGGCAAACCUCUAUAAUGCCUGGAGUUUGGUCUAUAUAUCUAUAUGAGUGACUUAUAGACUACUUGAUCACAAUAGGUCAGGUUUCAAUGAUAUGGCUAAUACUCAAGGCUUUUUUUCAGCUGGAGCUCACUGGAUCUCAGCUCCAGCUCUUGUCACGUGGGCGCCAUUGCCAUUCUAAGAAAAUAAGGGAGAAGUUCAUGGUGAGUUGCAGCAUCUAUUUUUCUAGAAAAACCGCACUGCUGAUAUUAAUCCUGUCCUCAAGGGCUCAAAGCUAAAGGGUAGCAAAGAGUUGUAAGAAAGAUAAGAUCCCAAAAUAGCCUAUAUCAACAUAAUAAAAAUUAAUAAGAGCCAUGUAUUGUAUCAUUCCCUCUCUCUUGUAUCUUAUUCAUCUCACUCAGGAGCCACCAGGCUCACACCUCACACUUUGGAACAGUGUUUUCCCACAAGGAACCUCUGUUUGGAGGGUAGGGGUGGGGAGGCAGUACUGUGGGAUGUGGGCAUUGUCAUUCCAUAUUAUCCAUAUUAUUCCAAAAAAUCAAUAAAAUAUUGUUGUUUUUAAAAGAGGAGUCAAUGUGGUGCCUGCCAGGUGUUGCUGAACUAUGAAUCCUAUCAGCCCAAUCCAGCAUGGCCAGUGGUUGGAGAUCAAGCAAGUUGUGGUCUAACAAUAUAUGGAGGGCACUGUUUGCUUCUACCAAACUAGCUGAUAUUCCUUUUUCUCUACCUUCUCUUCUUCACCAUAUUUUUGUUCAGUGAGUAGCUGAAACUUCUUCAUCCAACGCAGUUGCAGUCACUCAGCCCAAUGCUCAAACUUCUUGGUUUUCAACUUCUUUAAUUCUACCAGAGUUGGGAAUUGUCUGCUAUCAAAUGCAUGUCUUUCAACAUAGAAAUCACAGAACUUACAAAACAGGUCUCUGUACAUCUUUAUCUGUUUUGUUUUGUUUUGUUUUGUUUUGUUUUGUUUGUUUUGUUUUGUUUGAGAGUACAGAACUAAUUUCCAAAUAUUUUUUCAGCCUGGAAGUAAUGUUUUAUGUAACAGAUGGGGCAUACUAUUUUUGAGGUGGAAUGCCAGACAAAGGAGAUGAGUUUCUAUUCUGGAUGACCAAAGCUCUCUCCAGAGAUUGGGUAGGAAAGGAAGGGGAGGAGGAAAAUACAAGAAGGGGUUGAACUAUAGCUGAUGGUUCUGUAUAAGCUUUCUGCAGUUAUUUGAGAUUGGACACGUGUAAACUUCGUUUGUCAUGUGAGAGUAACUGUAAUUCCGCUGCAGCGUUUGGCAAACAGAAAAACGUUUGUUUUCCAUUUUGUUCGUUUAUCAAAUUUGUUCCCCCAGAGAAGUCAAGGCAGCAUUCACAGAGUUAUCCCUGUGUUUUUAUUAAAAUUGGUAAAUUAUGACAGAAAAGGAAAUCAUUUGCAUGCAUACAAAAGGAAAUAAUGAAAAAAAAACCCUCUAAAAUAGUAUGUAGCAUAAGAUCAAGCAAGAGAAGACGCAAUUACAAUAUUUUCAUUUGGUGAGUCCGUACGUGAAUUCCUUAGUUAUCUCAUUUCAUCUUUCCAACAACCAUUUGAGGCAGGCUACUCUGAAAGAGGAAGUACGUUCAAAAGGUAUGGCGAUAUUCAUUAGGAUAUAUAGCUUUAAUAAAGCACUAUGAGAACUCAGGAAGGAGAAGUAUUUCAAUCUGGUGGUGCUGUCCCCCUAGAAUUUAAAACCUCAUGGGUAAGUGGGGAGUAUGUGACUCUGGUGUGAAAAGUGGGAUUGUGUUCCCUUGAGAGAAAAUGAGAACUGAUGUGAUUGAAUGUAAGAAAUAGCAGCAGAUGGUGGAAACCAGUUGGUGAUCUUGUUCUCCCUGAAGGGCUUCUGUUUCAGCUAACAGAAGGGGAAAGCAGACAGCUUUUGCAGAUUUUCCCUCCCCCGUGCAGUUGCCAGCACCCCCUAAAAACUGAGUUGAGGAACCUUCCAGAACAGGGUUGAAGGUAGCAUGGAGAUAUGGAGGUGGAAAGGAGAACUGGCAAAAACGCCCUCCCCUCCCUUUUUAUUAGCAGAGGUGUCCACUGGAUCAAAAGCCAUGGUAUCCACUGGAUCAAAAGCGACAGGGCACUAACUGAUUCCUCACAAUACUCUAGGUAGAAAAGCUUCAGAAGAAGUUUGUAGAAAACCUUAAAGUAAGCCUGAAGAAGUCUGUGCAAGAGCAAGUUAGAUAACCAGCUAUGAGGCAUGAAGGCUAACCCCGAAGCCGGUGGAGUGCUGUAGUCAAUAGCUGAGAAUCGGAACAAGGGGACGCUAGAAACUGGUAGUUUUGAGGAGACAUCGACAGAUGAAGUAAAUGGUGUGUGUUGGUUGAAUAUGAAGCAUCGUCUUGGAGUUCAGGAUCUGUCUAGUGCAGAGUGGCAGAUACUCUGUUCCUUGCUUCCAUUUAUGGUUGUAAUGUUAAGGGAACCCUGUCUGUGUUUUGUACAUUCCAGUUCACCAGAGUCAGGAGCAGUUCCAGUCUAGGUUUUACAAAAAGCUCAGGAGCUCUUGAUAUGGGACCUGAGGCAUUUGAAGAGAGAUUUCUGGUGGGCUUUUCCCAUGUCCUAUAUGUGUGUGUUAGAGUUUGUUCCAAUUAAAGUCAUUUUGUCACCAUCAGUCGAGUAAAGAGUUGAUCUUACAGUGGUAUGCUUGCAUAUUGCAAAUAAAUUAGGGCCCCUCCGGGCAUCUUUCUCUUUCAUAAUGACUUGUGUGCAUGAUGAUAUUGGGAUGGCUAUACACGAUCUUGCUUUCAAUAUUGCGCCUGCAAACGUUACAGGACAGACAUAGUUCUUCAUUUCCAAUCAGUGCGUGUCCCAUAGCUUUCUGCUGAAAUCCUGUUACAAAUGUAACAUGUUUGUUUGUUUGUUUGCUCCUUCUUUUGUUGCACUGUAGUGCAGGUGUAUCCCUCCAAACAGCAGUAAUGUGGUAACAUUGCAGAAGCAUUACAGAAACACUAAUGAAAUGGAAAGAUGUGUGGAUGGUCCAGUAUAAAUCCACCUGUAAUUCACUGAUGAUAUGGCAGAUUACACACACAAACACACCAAACAAACAAGCCAAACAAAACCAGCUUGGAGGGCCCCCCAGACAUUACAAAGACAGCCUAAUUCCCCCAAUGCUCUCUCAUCCAAACUAAAUCUGUUAUCACUGUCCUCUGGAAUAGCUCAUGCCUAGUGGAAGAACAGACCAUGUAACAGUAUGUUUUCUUGUGCAUUUCGGUUUAAAAAAAAUGUAUUUCACUGUGUUGUGGUAGAAAGGAUUUUGUGGGUGCUUCCAAACCCAGACAUUUAAAAGAUGCCCUGAAUUGGUGUGCCUUACUGCUGCAAGCCACGUGGAGAUUCCUUCUAAUGCAAAAAGAUUAGCAGGAUCACUCCAAGGGGUACAGGCCAGAUCAGAAAUUGUAGCACUAAAGCAUGCAGUAGUACGUCUUCUUUAGAUAUUCACUUUCUGUUUAGUGCCACAGGCAUUGGAAAACUUCCACCUAGACACAGCCUGAGAGUCUGAUUUGAGUGUUUGAGAUGAGCUUUACCUAGGUUUUAAAUUUCUUUUCCAUGGAUAAAGGUUUCUCAGCAUUGACAUGCUUCCCCGCUCCUUUUGAUGAACUUUAACCACUUCUUCUGUUUUAAAAUUAAUUACUAGUCCAGCUGUUUUAAAAUUCUGCUGUCUGAUCACUACCCUGUGCACUUUUGCUCUGCAAUUUUAUUUGCUACAAAUGAUCAAAGCAUUCUGUGGUUUUUCUUGGAUCAUGGAAAUAAAGAAAUUGGAUAGUGUCAAGGGCAGAAAGCACUGAAAAUGGACAGGCAAUCAAAAGUCAAAUUCAGUAGAAAAUACAGGUGAAAAUAGCUAAACAGUGAUCACGAAGAACAUAGAACAAUGUGUCAUUGCUAUCAAAAUACCGAAAUGUGAAAGAGAAAAGUUGCUCACAACUCUGGUACAAAAUGUCAUGUUCCUGUGACCAUUUUAUUUACUUGGUUGUAAACAUUUGAUAAGGGACGCGGGUGGCGCUGUGGGUAAAACCUCAGUGCCUAGGACUUGCCGAUCGCAUGGUCGGCGGUUCGAAUCCCCGUGGCGGGGUGAGCUCCUGUCUUUCGGUCCCAGCUCCUGCCCACCUAGCAGUUCGAAAGCACCCUUAAGUGCAAGUAGAUAAAUAGGUACCGCUUUCUAGCGGGAAGGCAAACGGCGUUUCCGUGUGCUGCGCUCUUGCUGGCUCGCCAGAGCAGCUUUGUCACGCUGGCCACGUGACGCGGAAGUGUCUCCGGACAGCGCUGGCCCCCGGCCUCUUAAGUGAGAUGGGCGCACAACCCUAGAGUCGGACACGACUGGCCCGUACGGGCAGGGGUACCUUUACCUUUAAACAUUUGAUAAAUUACAUCAGCCAAAUGGAAUAUUUACUUUCAGAAAUUGAUGACUUUAUUUCCUGAGAGUGUGUGACCUCUCAUGCAUGUAUGUAGAGCAGGCUAUUGUUUUUCUCUGGUAAAGUUAGUUUUCUCAGUCUGUUUUGCUAAGAGAAGUGAACUUCACGUAAGCCUUCUGCUUAGGUAGAUACUUAAUGGUGGUUAUACCACUAUGACAAAAUCUUGUUGUAAGUGAUUAUUACAUGACAAAGCAGUAAAGCAGUUUAUUACUAGAAGCUGUAAAUUAUAUUCAUUGUGUUGUGUUUGAGUAGCAUUCUUUUGGCAUAAUGUGUUCAGCUCUCAACCAGUAAUCUGAGAACGGACCUAUAUAUGGCCAACAGAACUAAGUUACCAUUAAUACUCUUUGUAUUAACUUGUCGGAGAGCAUAUCCUCUUCCAGUGCAUAUGGUUUAUCAUUGAUAAUUUUACUUACAUGUUGACUUCCAGUGCAGUAAAAUUACUGCCUGCAGGCCCAGUUACAGACCACAAAUGACUAGAGAAUAAAUAAUAUUGCUAGUAUGAUAAUCUCUUACAGUUGGUAUUUGGCUUUCCUGUGAUAUAGCAGCAGUGGAAGUUUCUGUUAGCAAGAUUCAAGUACAGUGGUACCUCCGGUUACAGACACUUUGGGUUACACAAUUUCAGGUUACGGACCGCAGGAAACCCGGAAGUACAGUGGUACCUCGGGUUAAGUACUUAAUUCGUUCCGGGGGUCUGUUCUUAACCUGAAACUGUUCUUAAUCUGAAGCACCACUUUAGCUAAUGGGGCCUCCUGCUGCUGCCGCACUGCCGAAACCCGAUUUCUGUUCUUAUCCUGAAGCAAAGUUCUUAACCUGAAGCACUAUUUCUGGGUUAGCGGAGUGUGUAACCUGAAGCGUAUGUAACCUGAAGUGUAUGUAACCCGAGGUACCACUGUACCGGAAAGGGUUACUUCCGGGUUUCGCUGCAUGCGCAGAAGUGCUAAAUCGUGCUUUGCGCAUUUGCAGAAGCGCCAAAUCGCGUCACGUGCAUGUGUGGACGCAGCGCUGCAGGUUACGAACGCUGUGGGUUGCGGACGUGCCUCCGUCACGGAUUAUGUUCGCAACCCAAGCUUCCACUGUAUUUUGAAACAAAAGGGUAGGAUGCUUCUUUCAAAAACUGUUUUGCCAGAAAAUAUUUUUUGUUGGUUUACUUAUUUCCCACUGUCUAGCAAAAUUAAGAUAUGUGAUACGUGUGUAUCGCAAAUGAGUUCCCUUCUGUUUGGUAGGAUUCUGGUUAGUUGCAAUUCAUGUAAUGUUGAGAUUACAUAAAUGUAGGGAGCUUGAGACUAACUUGAAUUAGAACUGAACAUAUUCCUUAGAAUUGUAGGCAGUAGCAUUAUGAUAGUGCGGUAGGGUUGUCCGCAGUGAUCCCUGCCUGGUUUUCAGUUUCUGUCAUCUUCCCUCCCUCUCUCACCCCCCUCCUCUUUCUUCUCUGCACUUCAUUUAAAAAAAUCUGCAAGAAUUGCACAGCUUUCCUGAACUUUUCUAUUUCUAUUUUAUUUUAUUUAAAUAUAUAUUUAAGUGUUAUUCUUUUACAGCUCCGAAAGAUAUGUAUUAAAUCUGCCUUAAUUCCCUUGUACCUCCAGCAAUGCAUGUUUCAGCCAAAAAAAUUGCUAAUUGUGUGUGGCGUACCAUUGGAAUAUUGUUUUAGGUUUGUUCUCCUUCAGUUCCCUUUUUCUUUUAAAAAGCUCUUUAUUUGUAAAGCCUUCUUUGAGCUAUUCACACACGAUUUUUCAAAACCAAAACCUAACAUAAGCAUAAACGUGAACAGUAUCAAAAGCAAAAUAAUUAGAGUGUAUACGUAAAAUGAGCAGAACACAAGAUCUAGAGCAAUGAAAGUUACAGUCAUACUUGCAAAGAAAGCGAGUGCUAGAGAAGUGACAAAUAAGGCAUGAUACACGGAACACCUCUGAAUGUGAACUAUAGAGCCAUGUCGCGAGGCAGAACUUGCAAGGCUUUAACAUACAUGUAUCAUUUUAUAUUUUUGGGAGUUUGCUGCUGAUCUAGCAAGGCUCCUGUCAUACUAAUUAGACCCCAAAUAAGCAGAAAGGCCUUUGCCGCAGCUCUGCCCACGAUAGCUUUAAUUUGGUACAUAAGCUUCUUGAACCUGAGAAUAUCCCACACUUUGUGAAAUCAUUGGAUGAAUAAUAAUAAUAAUAAUGGUUAGUCACUUUUUUCCACAGAAUUUAGGGUGUGCAUGAGGAGUUCCAGUUUUUAGGUAUAAAUACGGAAGGGUGGAUGUUUACUUAGAUAUCACCCUAUUGAUGUUAACUUUCCUGCGUUAAUUGUUCCUUAUGUGAUAAUGGAAAACUUACAUGAUGCACAAUUUACUUCAUUUUGCAUUUUUAGAUUUCUCACUACUAUAGUUUUGUGACUAAAUCUGAGUCGCGAACAAAGACAGUACUCCAGAACUAUGCAAAAUGGGUCGGAUUUCUUUCCAAAGUCAUUUUUUGUAGCAGAUGAACAUGAAGUUGCACGUUUUGCUUGGAUACACACUGAAAGUGUCUCAACUCAGCACAGACCUGCACUAAAUAUCUAAUCUAGUGCCAACACACUUUCAUGUCUGAUUGACAGAUGUGUGUAUCUGCUCAGCAUCUUGCUAGACAGAACAAAAGAAGUAUGGUUUCUAGGUGAAUUUGUGCCUAGCUAACUGGUAUGAUUGCUACGAAACGUAAUUAUUCAUUUCCUGUACCGUGUGCCUUUAAUAAUUAGCAACACACAGGAAAGGGACAGUUCCAGAGUUAACACCCAUUCGUGGGUUUCAAAUUUGAAGUAACUUGAAUUGUUCAAAAGCCUUGAAGCAAAAUACCACACACACCCUCCCAAAAGGUGACCAUAUUUUGUCUACAAAGCAGGUUUAGAAAUAUUUUUUCCAGGGGCAUUAGUGCCUAUCAUGGUUCUAAUCUAGAGGUAAGUAUAUGGUUAGUAACUUUCAAUGCAAGAUUAGCAAACUAUAUUAGUGUGUAACCAGAAUAAAUAAACUGGACAAUAUUUCAUGGUUAAUUUUCUAAAUUGCUUUCAUUUUUAUUACUUGACUUCAUUUUUACCUCGGGCCCAAAUCAAACUGCUGGUUUUGACCUAUGAAGCCUUAAACAGCUCAGGACCACAAUAUCUCAUGGUCUACCUCUUCCCAUAUGAACCGACCCAAACCCUGCAAUCAUCAUGUGAGGCCCUUUCUUGCAUGCCUCCUCUACGAGAUGUCUGGAGGGUGGUGAUGUUUAGAAAGAUGCUGGAUGCAGAUAGUGAGAGUCAUAGGCCUGGCCUAGGUUCACUCUCCAAACUGACUCCUAUUCUGGAUGAAGAAUAUUUCAUAGAGGUCUGGUGGCAGAGAAAUAACUCUGUGAUACAGCUCAGGAAAUGUUUUUUCAGACAGAAGUCUUAAGGCCCUAUGUAAUAUAGAGAUCAAACGCCCUCAAGAUGAGCAGGUUGAUGACAUUUCAUUGGCAGCCUGUGACAUCUAAAAGCUGAACAUUGCAGAACCUAAUUAGUCUGAACAUAAUUAGUUAUAAGAGGUACCUGACAGAGCAUCAAAUCAGUGCAAAAGAUCUUUGGUUGGAUUUAGGACCCCUUUGAGGGCUUGGGGAUAGAAUGAAGAAAAUUGCAUCUGGUGCAUUACAAAUGAAUGAUGCCAAACUUAAUUAUUCAAGAAGAAACAUGAGAUCAAGCACAGAGAAAUGAGCGUGUGUCUCAGUCUUUAUGGUUGGAGCACAGCUGUCCUGGACAAAAUCUUGACUUUGGUGUGGUAGCAUCAAGAGUGACAUCAAGAAAUGAUGGAGAUGCAGAGGAUACAUGAGGAAAGAACACAGCAGCUGCAGGAAAAAGAGGGGGGAAAUGACACUGGGAGUUUGGGUUUGCUCACCUGGAAGAGUCAGAGAUGAAGACAGAUUUUGAGAGUUGUUGAAACAGCAAAGCAAAUGGAAGAAGCAAAGAUUACCAGUGUUGAAGCAAUGAUUCUUCAACAUCAACUUCGUUGGACUGGUCAUGUUGUGAGGAUGCCUGAUGAUCGUCUUCCAAAGCAACUACUCUAUUCCGAACUUAAAAAUGGAAAGCGUCAUGCUGGUGGUCAACAAAAGAGGUUUAAAGGCUGUCUCAAGGCAAAUCUUAAAAAGUGUAGUAUAAACACUGACAACUGGGAAACAUUGGCCUGCGAGUGCUCCAGUUGGAGAACAUCUUUUACCAAAGGUGUUAAGGGCUUUGAAGACACUCGAACUCAGGACGCAAGGGAGAAACGUGCUAGGAGGAAGGCACGCUUGGCAAAUCCACACCAUGAUCAACUCCCGCCCGGAAACCAAUGUCCCCACUGUGGAAGGAUGUGUGGAUCCAGGCUUGGCCUCCACAGUCACUUACAGACUCAUUGUUAAAACCAUGUUUAUGGAAGACAACCUUCUUCGGCUAUAAGUGAUCGCCAAAAAAGAAGAAGAAGAAGAAGAAGCAAAUGUGAAUUGGAAUGGCACCAACUGAAAAAGAAGCCAGCAGCCGUGGAGUGGCCAGAUUUCCAUGUGUCUGUUGAUAACACUCCAGUCCAGUGGUAGAGAUACCUUACUAACGGACCAUGAAAGUUUGUGCUGUAGUGAUACUGGUGAGUGAAAACAUUUCUGCUUUAUAUGUUGCUGUAACUUGCUCCCCAGUGUUGUAGAACAGCACCCUCUGCCCCACAGGGCUAACAAACACCAUCUGCCUUGUGGGGGAAAAUAAGAGAGCCGGGGCAGAAAAAAACCCACCCUCGGACAUGGAGCGUUAAAGUGCGGACUUCUGCUUGGAAAGAACAGGGCAAAAGGCAAAUGUGUGUAUGCCCUAAACUGGAUGGAUCUUGGUUGGAUGCUGUAUGGCAGUUCUUAUUUUCUUAUACCAGAGAUAAGAAACCUGUGGCCCUCCAAAUGUUGUUGGACUUCAACUAUCAUCCAUGAUAUCAUUAGCCACGCCGGCUAGGACCGGUGGCAGUUGGAGUACAAUAGCAUUUGAAGGGCCUCACAAAGAUCUUACACAAUAAAGGAAAAGGAAGGUUUGAUUCAGUUUGGGUUUAGUUCAGUUUGACUGCCAGAAUGUUAUUACUAUUCUUCUAAAAGAUGUUUCAAGUUCAUCCUUAGCAAAUAUUUGCUUUGUAAAGGCAUGUUCAUCGCAUUCUGGUCUCCAGUAUGUUGAUACUAGCCCAUCCUCAAAUCACUUCUGAGCAUAAGUAGAUAAUAGGCUUUAUAAGCGUAUUUGUUUUGUUUGUUGGUGCUGUACUGGUGUAAUCAUAAAGUAAGUUUGAACUUUCAUGUCCCUUUAUCCUCUAGUGAUGGACAAACUUAAUGAAACAAAGGAAUUAAUACUAGGAUAGGCCUAUAAAUGUGUUUUUAGGGUCACCCUGUAUGGAUGCUGAGCUCUCAGUUAAAUUGGAACAUUUGUGUGGGUACACACACAUAUAUGAGUAGUAUUAAUCAGAGUAGAAGGUGGCAGAAUACAGUGGAUUUUUAAUCCUUUUGCUGUUACAGUUAUUGUUGAUUCACUGUAGUUGUGCCUAGGAAAGCAUCUUUGUCCAGGUCUGAUAGACAUACAGUAUGUAUGAGAGUACUGUUUUCCUUUACAGCACAACCAGACACGAAGAUACGGUGAAUAGGAUUGGAGUAAAUUUCUGUUCUGCUGUAUGUGUUAAUAUCUAGGAAUCCCACUGUAAUCUCUGUUAGAAAUUCUAUUGUAAUCUCUGCCUCCAUUGCAACAAUCAGUUGCAACAUGAAAUUUCAGUGACUGGAUUUCCUGUACUAUAUAUGAAAUGAAGAUGAUUGCAUAGAACAUAAAUGUGCCAGCAAGACAGAUUUGCAUAUGGAAGUAGGUCUUCAUGUGCAGCAUUAUGGUUGUCCAUUCGCCUUCUGAUAUUUGCCCAGGUUUUGUAAGACAGAGUUAGAUCAAUGGCUAAACUAGCUCAGUACUGUUUACACUGACUGCUAGUGGCUUUUCCAGGAUUUCAGAUAGGAGUUUUCCCUAGCUUUGGAAAUGCCAGGGAUUGAACCUGGGACUUUCAACAUACAAGGCAGAUGCACUACCACUGAGCUGUACUCCUUCCCCAAUAGCUCUUUAGACAUAGCCUAAAAAAUAUAGCACUUGAAAUGGCUAGUAAUGUCUUUAUGAUACGGGUGGGGAUGUACAUUCCCAUUCUGGACCUCUAGUUGUUAUAUACAUAUAGAGGAAGAUUGGAGUCAAAGAGAGGUAAUCUGUGUAAACAGAUUUGGCAAGAAUUUACCCAAAUGAAUUUAUUUUUUUCACUUAAUGGAACAUGAGAUACUGUACACCACAAGUAAAAUAUAGCACUACUAUUUUGGGAUCUUGCAAAUGGUAGAUAAGUGAUCUUGUACAGCUGAAUUGAUGUAUUGUAUUCUGUACUAUUGAAAUGAGCCUUAUAAAUGAGUUUAGGAAAGUUACUAGCUCACACAUUUUUAAUUUUUAAUUUUACUAGUCUGUUGAGGGCUGGCCGAGGAGGAAAUCUGCUACAUUUCUAGUACAGGGGUGUUUGUGUCUUCCAUCCUAUGCUUGGUUUCUGUGCUGGAUGCAAGGGAGGGAUAGAGCAGCCCAUCUCUCCUCUGCCAGCCUGCUCACUUGCCUGUAUAUAAUUCCUUGACCUUUAUGUCUAUGACUACCAGGUGAGUGGUUAAAUACAAAGCUGCUUUAGACCUAUAUGCAGUAUGUAGAGGAUUCAAAAUUACAAUGAAACAAUAGGUGAUGAAUUAUAGUUGAAAUGAUACUUGGAGAAAGUGAUACAAAUGAAUAGGGGGAAUAAUGCCUUGAAAAAACUCUGACCUAACUGUUACCCCAUGGAGAAUGGUAAACUGGUCUGAAAUUUGUAAUAUAUCCCUGUAUAAUGUUCCUAGAUUAUCACCUUCGUAAUGUAAGAAAGAACUAUGUUAAAAGUUAAUGAAGGAACGCCAGUGGAACUCUAUUAGAAUAUUUUUCCCGCCAUUAAAUGACUGGUACAGACUUUUAAUGGAUGUUUUAACAAGGCUCUGUUAUCCAAAGGACUAUUGCUCAAAUUGAAAUCGGGCAUAUAAUCAGUGAAGAGAAGCAUUUUGGGUGGGAGAAUAUCAAUGAAGUGCAAGUUGGUGGGGGGUGCAGCAGUGGGAAAAGGAAAGAAGCAAGGGUUAGCCUGUAUUUGUAAUGACAAACGCCACAAGAAUGGAGAUGUGUAAACAUUUCGCACAAAAAUUAUGGACAAGCUAUCUUGAGAAUGAUAAACACAUUACUCACACAUCUUUAGAUACCACUUCAGCUUUCAAAAUGAACAUGGCAAGGGAGACUUUGUAAUCUCCUCUCCCCACUGUUUUGCUACUCUGGGAAAUAUUUGUCUUGACUUUUCAUCAGACAUGCAAUUCUGGUGUUACAGGUCAGAAUACAGGGAACUGCAUCACUAUUCUUGCAUGACCACUGGGGCUAUUGAGUGUGAGGAAACGGAGGUCAACAGUCUCACUGACCAUGCACAAACCUAAACUAGUUCCCUGAAUAUGGUUAUAAUCUUUCACUGUCUCAUCACCCUCCAGCUGCCCUAUUCUUUGCAGCAAAAUUCAUAAGUCCUCACCAGUACCUCUGUGCUUUUCAUUUCAUUUCUGUUAGAGUCUUUUUAUAUAGCCCAGUUUGUUUUCUUUUCCUGUUGAUUAUUUUAAUGUCUUACUUGCACUCCCUCCUUUUCCCCCUUUCCUCCUCAUCACUGAAAUAAGUAUGCUUCUGCUAAAACGGUAUUUUCUUCUCUCACCAAAAUAAUAUCUUUCUCUUUCCUUCAUUAUAUCCUGCAUCUUCCAACCUCAUCCUGGCACAGCUGCAGAUUUCAGAAGCCUCUUGACAGACUGUCCUUCUUGGGUCCCCCAAAGUGCUGAAUUGCUCCAUAUCACAGUGCCAGCAUUGGCUAAAUUCAUGAGCAAGCAUAUCUGGCAGCCAUGGUAGCCUUUAAUGGGCCAACCAUGUGGAUAAGCAAGAGGGAGGACAAUAUUGAGGUGGGCACUUGCAGUAGUGCAGCUAUUGCAGGGCAUAAGUAAUAAUAUUAGCUAGGGACGGGCAACAUAUCAGCCCCACUAUGAAAGGUGUUGAUACAUGGUCUCACAUUGCUUCAAGCUUAUAGUCAUGGGCCAUAUAUUUCCCAGCAAUGGCCCAUACUUACCCACCAUUCAUUUUCCAUUUUGCUAGGUGUUGGUUACUUGCUGGUUACGAAUGGCAUCAUAUUGGCCUUAACCCUUUGAUAGGCUGAUAUUUAGCCAUAUAAAAUAACCAUAUAUUUGAAAACUUUGGUCGGUUAACACUUGUGAUACCUAAGAAACAUUUCUGGUUCUAUCUAGAUAUUCUGGGGUGUUUUUCUUUUACGCUGAGUUAUAAAUUAGCGACCACAGAAAUAAGAAAGCCAAAGCCCUUCGCUCUUGGUACUAGUAAAAGCUUCAUACUGGGCAUAAACUGUUGUUUCUUUUGGAAUGAGGGAAGGCCAGCUCUUCUCUGAAAGCACUGAACUGGUUUAAUUGAAAGAACAAUUUGAUUUGCUGCUAUAGAUGCUGCUCCAGUAAAACAGCUUGGAAUGCUAACAAAUUUUUUAUUUUCCUCUCCCAAGCCAAGGAUUUAGUACUGGCAGGUGAACUUGUGAAGGCUGCUCUCAAAUAUACAGAGACAAUAACUGUCUUGGAGGUGGAACUUUGUCAAUAUUUUUUGCCUUGAGCCAAAAAAACAUUCAGAAUAAUGGUGUGCUAAAGUCCUGCUCAAAAAUGUAUCAGCUAGACAAAGGGGAAUUUAUUCCAACUUUAGGACUGUGCUCUUUCUUAGUCAUCUGUAUGUUGUAGCAUCAACUAUCAAGACAUUUGAGGAUGCCUGAAGGCAUGUUUCUAGUUUCCUUUAAGUGUACAUAAUGCCAACUAUGUUUUUGUUCUAAACGGAAACAUUGCCAAGUGUUAGAUUCAAACUUUAACUUAUUACACCCUGAAAGCUAUUUGAAGAUACCUCUGUAUUUUAAAUAUUAGCCCAACAAAACCAUUUAUCAUUAUUUAACUGGGAAAUAAAAUAUUUAUAGGAGCUUGCCAUUUAAAUACUUCUAUGUUCUUAUAGCCUCUAGUGAAGACAAAGUGUGAUAACAAAAUACUGGGAUAAAUUGGCAAUACAUGAUAAUUUUAUCAUUAUAGCAAUGAAUAAAAAUGUGAAGACAUCACGCACAGCUAUAGAACAUCGAUACCUCCAACCCAAAAAUAUAGACAAAGGAAAUAAAUAAAACUAUUUACACAUGAAAAACAGUCUUCACUUCCCCUAAUUAGGACUAUAAAUAGAGCUGAGUGGAAUGGAGGUGUUACUGCCUCUCAAAAAGUAGCCCCAUUUUUUUUGAAAUGUGUAUGUGUGUGUGUGUGUGUGUGUGGAUGGAUGCAUCCCUGUUGUUUCAGCGACUGGACCAAAUAUUCCCUGUUUUGCUGGGAAGUCACAAUGAAACUGCUGCAGCAUGGCGAAAUAGAAAGCAUUGUUGUAGAUGCAUAGGAGCGCAGAUUCUGCAUAUCCUCAUGAUAUUACAGUUAGUGGAAUGUGUGCUUGAAUAUACAUUCCAGUGCGCAUUCUGAUCCAAAUGGUGUGGGACUUCAGAGUGAGACCAGGUCAGCUUUGUUUGCUCACCACAUGAGUGACAUUAGCAUAUUUAACCAUGUGAUCUGUGGUUGUGGUGUGCAAGUCCUAUUUCUCUUACCUAAAACCAUUUGGACUCUGAGGGUUUUUGUUGAAUAUUGGUAAAAUGUCAUGGUUUCCAAUGAACAUGUAACAGGAAUGCUUGAAAAGCCCAAGUGAGUGAAGCACCCUAAUUUUUCUGCAAGUUUCCCCUGACUUCCUUGAGCAAAAUAGGCCUUAUGAUGGGGAAGGGUGAUGGCUUAAGGCACUUGGGGCAGCUCAUUAGCACACAGGAAAGGUCUUGCAAGGCUUCUCCAUAGCUUGGAGCAUAAGUUCCUCCUGGGGCUGGUAGUUGGUAGAACAUGAGACUCUUAAUCUUCGGAUCAUGGGUUCAAGCCCCACGCAGAGAAAAAGGAUUCCUGCAUUGCAUGGGGUUUGGCCUUGAUUAGCAUUGUGGCCCCUUCCAAUUCUAUGAUUCUAUAAUUCUAUGACCAAUGAUCAGACUGGGUAGUAGGAGGGAUAUAGCUCAAGGCCCAUUAUAAGUCAAAUCCAUCUCUGAUUGUUCUGGGCUUAACCUCACUGAGGGUAGAUCUUUCAAGCAGGGAACAUUUGUUUUUCUAGCUCCUGUUUAAAGUCUUGCUCUAUCUCUUAAUUCCCCUUAGCUAGGAUCACAUAGUGAAGGAGAAAGUAGAAACACUUUAAGAAUGGUGCAGAAAGAGCAGCAGAUGAAAGGAAGAAUGUUUGUGAAAAUUCUUAGAGAUUGUAAACUAUAAGAAGCUUCAAAGUGGCAUUGGCAUAUUGUACACCUCCAAAGCAGCAAAUCCUUAUGUCACCCAAAAAACUGCAUUAGAAGUGAGUUUUUGAUUGUGCAGUGUCACAAACACAAUGCUAAGUUGCAGCUGAGGAAUAUGCAAACAGUAUUAGUAGCAGAAAGCAGCUAGGACUGGUUUUUAUGUAGACAUGUGCUACUGUAAUUACACAAUGAGGUACAGUACCUGGAAUGCUGAUAUUUGCCAGUGUCAUAGUUGUGGCAUAUGAUAAGAGAUAAAAAGUGUCUGCACAUAAGAGAUAAAAAGUAUCUAAUUUAUAGCAGGAAGUCCAUUAAUUUAGAUAUCAUGCCAAAUUAUAGCACAAACCAUUGUUUUCAAAACCACUUCAAACUGAUUCUGAUUUUCUGGCUGAUUGCAAGCAAUGGUUUGUUAAGUCACAUAUUGUGAAAACCUUAGCUGAGCUUUCUUUCUCAAGUCCUGCAGCUGUGACCACAGCCAUGGUUUGGCUUAGUGUGUUGUCCAAACCCAUACACAUUUUAAACCGUUAAUCAAAGUUUAUUCUUAGUUUAUAGCUUGUGGUUUGUCUGAAGGAGACAAACCAUAAACCCAGAGUCAAUUACACACUAAGCCAAGCAUAGUUUAGCUUACUGCAGCACAGCAGCACCAGGACCAGAGGAGAAGCAAAGCAGCUGAAAUGUCCCCUAUGGGACUCUGUGUACUCAUGCAUUCACACUAAGCCAUGGUUUGCCCUAGCAUUAUUUGUGAUACAUCACAGUGUUGUAGUUCUCUUUAAACCUGUUGUACAGCACAGUAUUUCAUUCAUUUACUCAUUCAUUCAAAGCAUUUCUAUCCUCAUCUGGAAGAGCCCCCAUUGUGGCUUAGAAAUGAAUAGGAAUAACACAGCCCCUGUCCUCAGGCUCACAAUUAAAAAAAGGCAUGGCAGAAAAGGAAAAUGGGAGUGGGAGGGAAAGCAGGCUCUGUCUCCAAAUUCUUAAUGUUUCAAGUUGCUUACAGUGACCAGCUUCAAUGGUAACUGACUGCUGUUCUCAUGCCUCUGAGAAAUAGCCUGGUGAUCCAGCCUUCUGGAUCACCUGAAAGUUGUUUACAAGGUGGGGCCUUUGGGCACCUAGCUAAAAUCUGCUGACUUCUUGCCACUCCUGUCCCCUGCCCUGCCAGGAGAUGGCCUUACCUUACAUGGCAGCUGGAACUGAUGAUCUCUGUAAGGGGAUGGAGGGAUCUAGCCCAGCUAGUAAGAAUAGCAUUGAGUACAUGAAAAAUGUUAUCCUGGGGAUUUGAUUGGGAGUGCUUUCCACUGUGUAUUAAUUUGUAGGACUAGCAUGAAAGAAACCGUCCGUAAGAAGCAGAGAUAAAGAUAAGCUGCAUCCAUACAUAAUGCUAAACCAUGGUUUGUUAUCAUGAUCAUGUAAUCAUGAUCUCAUGAUUCUUCAUGCAUGGAAAUUAAAGAUUUUAUUCCUGCUUUAGCUGCAAACCAAACAUUUGCCAUUAUGGUUUGCAAAUGCACUACAAACCUUGGUUACUGAUUCAAGUUUGCUACUGACUUGCAAGUCAUAGCUGUCAGUUCUGAUCUCACGAGAAACCAUAAUUAAGAUUCCUUAACCAUAGUUUGAUGUGAUAUGUAAACUGUGUCAGCCUCUUUAUUUCAGAACAUUAUAGCUUUUUUGAAUUUAAUGGGUAGCCUUAAUUUCAGAAUGCUGCUUCUCUGUCUUCACAGAUCAUAAAGUAUAGUUUCUUCCAGAUUUUUUUUUGUCAGAUAAAUUUAGCGGGUUUAGAUAGAAAAAUACUUUUCUGUUGUUUUUGGCUGCCUAUUGCUGGGCCCUGUUUUGGAUUGAUGUUGAUAGUUCUCCUUUCUGACCACUUGUUGCUGCUAUUAUUGUUUAUAAUAAUAAACAGCUGCUACAUAGCCAGAAACUUUGAGAAACACAGUGGUGUUUGUAUUGUCUGGAGGGAUGCAAAACUUUCGAUGGGUUGGAAAGGAAGUUAAGUAUCAAAAUAUCCUGAACAGGGAUUUGCUAAUAUUUCUCCAGUUGUGCUUCACAGUCCUUACAAACACAACGCACACAACUCCAGUGAAGAUCAUUGUGCUUUAAACUCUGCAAAUUGGUAAAGCCUUCACGGAAAGUAACAAGGAGAGUACUUUGAAAACCUACAAGAAAGUACUUGAUCAAAAAUAUAAAACACAAAAUCAUGAAUCAAUGGCAGCGAAUUUCAGUUGAAGAAUUGAAACCUAAUACAUUCAACUGUGACUGAAAACAAACCAUGUUAAAUGUUUAUUAACUUGUAUUUCUGUUAUCAGUGGAUUUAUGUGUAAAGGAUAGGGUAGAGGGGAAGCUAGGGAAAUCUUAUCCGUCUGAAUUAUUUGCUUCUAGCCCUUAAAUGGUGAUGUAAGGGGAGUGUAUUUUCCUCUUCCUUUUAUGCUUUCCCCUCUGCUUUGAAUUAGUGUAGCUAAAUAUAUUAUGCCAUACUAUUUACCUCAGUCUGCAGUUUCACUACCUCUGUAUGGCUUCCCACUCUUAGAAUUUUGCAAAUAAAUCACUGAUCAAUGUAGAGAGGCAUCACGGCAAGUGUGAAGGCAGAAUAUUUUUUAUGAUGCCAUAAACUGGAUUUAUUAUUAUUUUCUGCAUGCAACUUUGUACAUUUAAAGUUCAUCUACAUAGUACGGUGUUGUAUAUGGGUUUCAUUUAAUUGACGCUAAUUAACUACGGGGCUGGGUUUAUUUAAUAUUUUUUGUUUUGUAAAAUAGUUACAAAUCAGUAUAGGCUAUGCUGCACUGGUCUCCACGAUUUCUGAGAAACUAUUUUUGUCCAGUAUAAAAUAAUAUAUUAUUUACAUAUUUGUAGAAUAAGGAUGCACUGUUAGUCUUUUGUUAAUUUCCAGGUAAUUAAACAUUAUUGUCUAUUUAUGAAAGAAUUGAUGUGAUCUGUUUAUAGUAUCAAGACUGCAUGAUACCAAACUAUAGUUGCAUCCCUAAUUAAUGUACAUAAUUGUCAUGGUUUUAAGGUGAAAAUUAAAAAAUGCUGUCAAAUUAAUCAUCUACUAGGAGUUCAUUAAUUAGCUAACCUCAUAUAAAUGGGCUGCAUUUCGAUGACAACUAGGAGUGAAAACCUAACUAACUGAUGUCAGUAGGAGCAUUUACAUUGAAUUCAGUGCGAUUGGUUCCACAAAAUAAUUUUAUCUAUUCUAGAGACUGUAUUGGGAAACAGGAGAAAUCCUUUUAUAGGUUUAGUGCUUUACAGAGGUUUUUCCAGACAGAAGUCUAUCAAUAUGACCAUCUUUAAAAUAAUAAAACACAUUUAUUGUUGAACCAAAAUACACUGGGUUGUAUUCAAUACUGUAUAAGCAGAGUUCUGCUUCCCCUUCCUUCAUGCCACCCCAGAUGCUUGCCCCACCUUUGGAGCAGAUUUUGAGAUUUUGAGGAAGAUUUCAAGUAAGAUGAGGAGGUAGGGAAUUCCAUUGGGCAAGUGGACCUCCGUUGUGUGAGCAGAACAGAAGUGUUGGACACAACCCAUUUUUAACUCUCCAUCUGCCAAGGUGAAAUGUAUAAUAUCGCCAUUGUUUCAUGAUAAUGUGCAGCAUAUUACAAAAUAUUUUGCCUCAUAACACAUUAGCAAAAUGUAGUGCUUUUAAAACUGCAGAAUAUAUAAAGAAACAGAAUUUAUAUGGCACUUGCUUAGCGUUCUAAAAUGAUUCACAUGCAUUAUCUCAUUCAUUUAUAAAACUCUGUAAGGAAGCAGAGUGCUAUUUCCAUAAUGCAGAUAGGGAGCUGAGACUGAGAGAAAGUGAUUUGCUUAAGGCCAACUGAGGUGAGAGAUGAAUGAGGAAUUUCACAUCUCACAUUCUUUACCACUGCACUACACCUGGCCUCAGAAAAGGUCACAUUGCUUUUUCAAGAAUUAUUGAUAGCAUGAUACUCCUGAGCAGAUUCAUCUUGUUUCUGUAGGGAAUUCUGAAAUGUUGAAACAUUGAGGUUUCGGUUCUAUACUCACCUGGGGGAAAGCCAAAUUGAACAGAGUGGUGCUUACUUCUGAGUAGACACACAUAGGACUGCACUGAAAGUGUAUGUAGUUUUUAAUCUUGCAAUCUUAAAACAAAACAAACAAACAAAAAAACUGGUCCGCAGGAAGAUAUCAAACAUGAAGUGUUAAAUUAGGUUUAGAGGGUUGUAUUCAGUACAGGGCUGAUGCAAGAGGAAUUCCCCUUCUUUUUCUCCCCACUGCAGUCUGCCGAGCCCACAAAAAGCCUCUCUUGAGGGUCUGGGAUGUGAGAUAGAGGAUUGCAGUGGUAGAGGGAUUGCGAGAAAAUAGGGCAGAGGCAAUUUGCAUGAGGCUCACACUCCCAGGCCUUUCCUGAUUGUUCCCCACCUCUCUGAUGUUACAUCAUGGGUAAGCAUGUGUGCACAGUGGAGAGGAAGCGGCAGGCAUGAAUGCCCUAGUGCAAAUGUGACCCUGGGUAUAAUGCAUAAUGCAUUAGUUGAAUUGGUUUGUUUUUUUAAAAAAUUAAAUGCUGCUUAUUCAGAAAACUCUUAGAGUGGUAUAAACUAAACAAAAAUAUAUGGAAAUGAAAAAUACAACAAAACAAGUCCAGCAAAAUACACAAACAUCAGUGGACAACCGUAAAUGAUAUCAGCAUCCCCCUUUGAGAAUUUUGAGCCAGUGUUAAAAACACAAAUUGAUUGAAGUUUGUCCAACUCUUGAGAAGUCAGAAAGAUUCACAGAGAGAGCACCUGUUAGAUGAAUCUGGAACAUGUUGUACAAUCAGAAGGGGCAGUAAGGAAAAGGCAAUCUCUUAGGUAUCAUGAUCCCAAGUUGUUUAUAGCUUUUUACCCUACUAACAAAACCUUAAAUUGCCUGUUUUCAGGUCACUGGCGUAUGAUAUUCCUUACAGGUUGUGGUGGCAUGAGCAAAAUGUCCUUAGAUGAUCUAAGUGAUCUUACAGGAUUAUACAGGGGAAAGAGGUCUUUCAGGUAAUGUGCACUUGCACUUCUUUCAACAAAAAGCUGUGCAUUGCUUUCAUUAAUGUUAGAAGAGCGAUACUUACAUACAUGGUCUAUUUUAUUUUAUUUGAACCUAGAGUAUUUUAAGGGUGGCUCAUGGUGGCUUACAAUUAUGUAACUGUAGUUUUAUUUAUAUAAGAGGAACAUUUCCCUUACUAUUUAUGAGAGCAACAUGCAUUUUGAAAUAGAAGCAUUCAAAGGUAAUUACAUUUAAAAAAGCAAUUCUGAAACUAACAACACAGUACCCCAUAUCAUGAAUUUAUACCAACUGAAAAGCGGGUAGGGAAAAAACUUUAUUUUUCCUUCCUCCAACCUCUGUGUUUGUCCAUGUGUAUGGUAUUUCAUUAUGGCAAGAUUAUUAUUAAUUGUAGCCAAUAUAUUCUUUUGUAUUGUUAACCGUGUUUGCAUUCAUAAUGCCUUGUACUAACUCAUAAAGUACAACCAACACUGAAUUUAUAUCUAUCUGUUAAAGAAAUUAUACAUUUUUGCUGUAAUACUAGUGGCAACAAUAACCGUACCCUAUGCGGUACAUUUAUUAUCUCCGCCCAUCCAAUUAAAUCUCUGAGUAGGUCUCUCUUUGUUAGUCAUGAUAUUCAGAUACCAACAUUUCAUUCUAAUACAGCAUAAAGGGAAAAAUCAAGACUGCCUCCUCCCUCCUAUGCUGCUUUGUCAAAUCUUGAUGUGCCAUUUUUGUGGCAUCGAGGAAAACAAAAUGACCCUUCCCUAAAUUCCUAAUGCUACAAAGUUAUAAUUUUAAAAAUAAGAAUAAUCAAGCUAUAGGAGAAUAGAUGACAGAGUGAAGAAACUCAGAUUUCUUACUACACUAUUGAUAUUGGCCUAACAUUCUCUAAUAAUCUACUAAAAUUAAGAAUGGGGCAAAGUGUUUGGUCCUGAGGGCCAAGAAGAAAUAUCCCGCAAGCCUGAGGGCCAAAGCUAAUGCAUAUAUUUUAGUUCUGCAUUAUUAAUGUAAUUUGCAUGUCAUUAUCAAGAACUUAGGGGAUGCCACGCUACAGCUUGUGAACACAUUGAGCUUAUUCUACUACUGUCAUUCUGAAUUGCUUUCUUUCAAACUGGACAAAUUUGCAUUGUGAUAUAUGAACUUGAGGCACGAUUUCCUGGAAAAUUUUGAACAAAGUCUCCUGAAAUGCAUACAGCUUUUAUUUCACUAGGAAUUUUCAAUGAAACAUGCAAUGAAGCAAAUGGUAGUUUUAAAAAUUAGGGCAGUUGGAAAUCACAAUGAAGGUAAGUUUUUCCCCCUCCUAAUUUGCCUUCUUGUUAGUGAUCCUUUAGUAUUUCUGCAGUUUCAUUUCCCGAAUGUGUUUUCAUAAUAAUAGCUAGAGGUUUGCAUUUAUUUUUAUUUUAUUUUUUAAAAUGUGAUUCUGUGGAUUGUAAUAAGAGCCUGUAGACCACACAAAAGUUAUUUGGGGACUCCAUAUUGAUUACUUGCUAUAAAUUUCAGUUGCAUUACUAUUAUCCUAACGUAUGUGGUUCCAACCCAGCAUAGUUAGGUCCUGUUAAAUCUCACUUUCAUUCAAGCUGAGGGGUUUGAAAAGUCUAGAAGCAGAGGAUACAUCCUGUAAGCAGCCUUGACUGUGGCCUAUAUGCCUUUUAUCUUGCUGUUGUUUAGUCGUUUAGUUGUGUCUGACUCUUCGUGACCCCAUGGACCACAGCACACCAGGCACUCCUGUCUUCCACUGCCUCCCGCAGUUUGGUCAAACUCAUGUUAGUAGUUUCGAGAACACUGUCCAACCAUCUCGUCCUCUGUUGUCCCCUUCUCCUUGUGCCCUCCAUCUUUCCCAACAUCAGGGUCUUUUCCAGGGAGUCUUCUCUUCUCAUGAGGUUCCUUUUAUCUAGCAUAUGACUGUGUGUGUGUGUGUGUGUGUGUGUGUGUGUGUGUGUAGACAUUGCCUAUCAAGCGCUUAGAAAGUGGCUUUUGGCAGCCUUUAUGAAACACACACAACACCAGAGAGACAACGGAGGCAAUCAAACUGCCUCACCUGCAAAAAAAUUGUCUGGAAUACAUACAUACAUAUACAUAAAUAUACAAAUGUGUAUAUUUUAAGAUGCUGCUGGCAUGUUUCUCUCCCCACCCCCUCUAAUAGUGAUGAAUGCCAACAGAAACUGAGCCCUAAACAAGAAGUGAUGUUACACUAUGCUUGGAGAAAGUCCAAGGAUUGCAAAAGUACAGAAAAGUCAUAUGCACACCUAAGGGGCACCCCCUUCCCAAAUACUGCACAGUAAGGACUGAGCAUGCACAGUAGCCAAGAAAUGUUGAGUGGCAGCAGGAAAAGAAAUACAAAACUGAGAACAGGGAAUGGAACAUCCCAAUUCAACCUCAUACGGUUUAUAGCAUCCUGGUGGAAAGCAUGGCUGGUUGUCUAGAACCCCAUUUCUGUUAGGUGUUGCAUGUCUCAUUUGUUAAACUAAUUAUCCAAACAGUUGUCUCUUCUGUACUGUCUCAUUUUGCCAUGUGGCCAGUGUUCCUUUCCUUUUGUAAAACGCUUCCCUCCAAGAGAUGAUGCCAUAGCACCUAGCCACAGGGAGCAUUCUAGCAGCUUUUCACAGCAACAUUAUCUAGUGUGGGGUCUGCCUGCUUCUAUGGGCUUUGGGGGAUCCUUUCUUAAACAGUGAGUUCUGUAUUUUUCUGAAAGUAUCCAGACUGUACAGUACAGUGGUACCUCGGGUUACAUACGCUUCAGGUUACAGACUCCGCUAACCCAGAAAUAGUGCUUCAUGUUAAGAACUUUGCUUCAGGAUGAGAACAGAAAUUGUGCUCCGGUGGUGCAGCAGCAGCAGGCCCCAUUAGCUAAAGUGGUGCUUCGGGUUAAGAACAGUUUCAGGUUAAGAACAGACCUCCGGAACGAAUUAAGUACUUAACCCAAGGUACCACUGUACUAUCAAUUAUGCCUUCACGUAGUCUAGGACACUGGUUAAUGUUACAGUGUUGCUGCUGCAUAGUGUGUGGAUCUCUCUGGUGUUUAGAAACAUGAUUUAGAUUAUGGGAAGGCUCCAUGAGAGAAAAAAAUAGUGGGUCUUGGAGAAGUCAGAACUUUAAAAUCCUCAGUACCCAUUCCUGUCUCUAAUAAGCAGUUUGCAUUCCUGUAUCUUGUGCUCUGACCCUUAUCUGUUCUUUACUGGACUAAGAGUUCUGACAUGGAGAAGGAUGACUACAUUAUUUCAAACUGUCUGUCAAACUGUACAUGGGUCAUUGUUUGCUGUCUUCUACCUCUCCCCUCUCAAAAAACUUGGUUUGGGGACUUUUGCAGACGUGAAAUCCUGAAAACCCACAUUAAAGUUCUGUUGAUUUAGUAUCAAGAACCUUUAUUGCUAAAAAUGUGUGAGAUUUACCAUAAAGCAAUGUGAAGAAUAAAUGGUUCCAUUUAUCGCAUUUAAACCUUUAGUGCUUUUUUUACUUUUGCACAUUACUGAAAAUAAAGCAUUUUAGAAGCUGCUUAGUUCUUUUCGAAUUGAAACAUUUGAAUAUAUGUAUUUAUAUUUACCGUAGCCAAGUGCAUUUAACUUUCUGUUUGUAUAUACACAAACCCAUAUAGACAAUUGUGCAUACUUCAAAUAUGUCCCCCCCCUUUACUAUAUAUUGAACAGCUUAUUCUAGGAGAGUAGGCUUAGUCUAAUAAUGACAUUCCCUAUGUGGAUGAAGAAAUUGUGCUAUGAACUAUUAAAGAGAUUAGUUUUUGUUUAGAAGUGGCAAAUUUAUUAUUGCAUCUUCUGAUAGUGUUCUAUCCUACUUGGUAGAGAACUAAACUGUUUUUUCUUGAAAUACAGUUAAUAUCCACAUCUCCCCACCCCCCACCCCUUUGCCAUCUUUUCAUUCACCUCCACUGCCUCUCAGUUUACUCUGGCAGAGGCCUAAGUAAAGUAAACCAUGUGCUUUUGUGCUGUCAUAUUUGAUUUGGACUAUAUUCUCACUGUUAUUUGAAGCUAACAUGAAAUGCAGUGUCUGCAUGACCCAUUUUAGCAGCCCAUUAUCAUAAUUUCACUCUCAUAUGGCUACUGAGUUAAUGUACUUACAAAUGACAGAGAAAGCAUGUUACAUGACCUUAAGGGUUUUCAAAAAUUAAAUAACGUAGUAGGUUGUAUUUCAAAGAAUGGCUAAAGAGAACAUUUUUAAUUAUUAUUAUUUUUUGCACCUUAAGGUGUCACUGGUUAGCAUGGCAAACGGGAUUUGUGCGUGUGUUAAAUAUGUGAACGUAUAAGCUUUAUCAGAAUCUGCAUUCCAUAAUUCACUCAAAGAAAUUUUGGAAGAUUGAUUUAAAAAUGGUUCCAAAGAGAGGUUGUUGUUGUUUUGUAAUUGCCUAAUGCUUUACAUUUCUUCAUGUAGGGUAGAGGUGGCUUUUUUUUUUGGUAAUGUUUCAGUUCAUAGUUGUUACGGUGAUAUUCAGCUAUGUUUUACUCAGAGUAGACACACAUUCAUUUAAUUUCAGUAGAUCCACUCUGAGUACAACUUUGCUGAUUAAGGGCGGUAUUCAACUAAGUUUGAAAUUUGUUCAUGCACAAAGUAUAAAGCCCUGAAGAAUUACUGAGACAAGAUUUUGGAGGCUGCCAUAUAAUGGAUCCUAUUAUACGAUGAUGACUCUUCAGCAGCCUUGUAUGAGCAACUUUCUUGGCAGCCAUAGAUAACAAGGGAUUUCAUGCAGGGAAAUAUGCAGCCUGGCAAGAGGAGGUAGCAAUCUCUCCUUCCCUCUUCCACCCAUGUGCUAGGUCUCUCUGCUACCUGGGGCUGGAUGAAGGAACACCUCCUAAGCUCUUUCCCUUUCCACCAGUCCUCUUGCUAGAAGGAUUUUUUUUUUUUACUACCCCACUGAAAGGCUACUGUUCUGCAUUCCCAUCAUGGUUGUGAAGGAGAGAGCUUCCCUUCUUCUGUAGCCAGCAUGAGAACGGCAGAACAAAGACUGUGGGCUAAUAACUUUCAUGGAUUUAUUUACAAGACUGCUCUUAAAGAGUCAUUAUUUCACAGUGAAAGUAUGCAUGUAUUCAUGUAGCAUUUGGAUAUGCAUCCUAUUUUAAGCAUACAGGAUUAGCAUUUUAUCAGGACAUAGAGGCCUACUUGGCUUUUCAAAUGGAGAGUCCUUUCUGGGUUUUGGUGAAAGGCAUCAGUUGUGAAUUACUGAAGUGUUUGUCUAUGCAUGUGUGUGUGCGUGCACACACAAACAUAUGGAAUGAGCACAAAAUUUGGGGUGGUUUCCAGCUACGUUUUACUGAGAGCAGACCUACUGAUGUUAAAUGAACCUCAGGCAUGUUCAUUAAUUUGACCGGGUCUGCUCUGACUUAGUUGGCUACCAUCCAUGGAGUCUGGAUACCUUUUCCCGAUAUUUACGUAUUUAAGCCAGCAGUGGUAUUUUUUUUGUACUCUUAAACAGUAAAAAUCUUUGUUCCUGUGGAACUAGCUACUCCAGAAUUACUCCAGAGCAAGCAAAUAGUUCAUGGAGUACAACCUGAAGCUCCAUGGAGAAGCUCUGCCGCUUUCUUGUCACUGGUGCAGAAUAAUUUGAUAAAUUUACAAGUAUCUUCAUUAUUAGUCAUUGGCACUAAUAAGACUAGGGAAAGAUAGAAAUGCAAGCAUGUUUUCUGCCAUCAGAAGCUGUAGCAUUUAGCUAAAAUUAGAAAGUUAUAUGUAAAGGUUUUGAGGGUGGAGUGGUGGAAGAAAAUGCUGCAAGGACAGAAUGAAAAAGAUCCACUUAAAUUAUGUUUCAACUAUCCUGUAUUCUAAUUCUUACAGCAGGGUUGGGCUAUCGUCAUGAUGUAAGCUGUUGUCUUACCACUUUCCAGCUUGAUUCCUACUGUUGGAUAAAUGCUGGAGGAGAUAAGUGCAAUGAGUGGUGAAACCCUUCUUGCCCUCGCAGAUGAUUUAUUUAUUUCCUUCCACGUAUAUCCUGCCUUUCCCCCAAAAAGAUGCACCCAAGGUGGGAUACAUGUGGUUCCCAGGUUGUCAUUAAAAAACUCCAAAUGCCAAUAACCAUAAAAGCACUUUGACUGCAAUUGUGAACCUCACUGAAUUCAAUGUAACUUAUUUCUGAGUAGACGUGCAGUAGAAUUGUAUUGUCAGUUUCCGUCAAAUAGUUCUGUGGAGGGUUGUCCUGCUGCUGUGAGCAGUUUUUCAGGGAGCACAUGGAACCACAGUAGGAAUCAGAGGCCCAAAGAGCUUCUGUACAAGGAUUCACCUUCAGAUCUUAGCCAUAUUCAGUUAUGUAUUCAAGGAUUUUUCAAAGUACAUAUGAUGCUAAAUGCAUCACAUUCUUCUAUGUGAUUUUUUUUUUAAGAAGUACAAAUCUUCCAAUACAAAAUCUUGCAGCAGUAAGUUAAAAGAUUUCAUUGAUUUAAGUUUACCAAAUUGGUUUCUUCGGCUGGUUAGCUUUGGUCUUGUUAUUCUGCAUUCGUUGUAUUUAACAGUCAUUAGAAGUGAUGGUGGUUGCAUACAGAACUGCCCCAAAGACCUUAUCUAUGUAGAAGCUUUACACGAUGGGACACCAUAUUUAAAAGACUCUAUCCUGCAUGCCAUUGUUGCCAACCCAUUUAUGCUUUUAUAUACCCUUAUAUAUGAUGUAUUACAGAGGCCAAACUGGCCUCAAUGAGAAAUUGGGCAUUUAGUGUCACCAGUCCCAUUCUGUGGAACACUCUUCCAGCAGAGAUUUAGCAGGCACCCUGUUAUUAUUUUCAGGCAUCUCUUGAAGACCUUUUUGUAACUGUUUACAUUUUUGAUAAGUCAGUCAUUUUAAUUAUCUUUAUUUUUACAGUUUUUAUGGUGUUUUAUAUUUUAUUGUAUAUAUUGUUGUGCACUGCCGUGUUGUAUGAACUGGUGGUAUAUAAAUACUUGUAUAAAUAACAUAUCAGUCUGCUGCAGCAAAAAUGCCAGAGUCUUGUGGCACCUUAAAGACUUAAUAUACCGUAUGUUAUCGUGGCAUGAGCUUUUGUAAACUAGAGCUGACUUUGUAAUAUGCAGUUGGUAAAGGGGGUGUAUGUGUGUGCAUGUGUGCACAGAGGAAGCAGUUUGGCCAAAAGAUCAUGAAUGCUGGUGGUAUCAAUGGGCCUGAAGAUAGGGGCAAAGUGAUCCAUUCGCAGCAGCUGUCAUUGUGUUGAUGCUAUGUGUUUAGCUCCACCACACUCAUUUUACAUUAGUAGUAUGCAAAAAAAACCCAACCCUAACCCAGAGUCCUGAUUAAGUCUGAAUUGAAUUGAAUUGAAUCCAAUCUGCUGAUCAAAGUCUAGCCAUUUCCUGCUGUAGAAGGUCACAUAUAUGUUAGCAGGACCUGCACACCAAUGCAGUAUCUGGCUGAACAAAGAAUUGCUGAUAUGAACCAAAGAUUUUCUGUCUUUUUGGAAAUCUUGCUAUGGCUGUUGUAGAGUUACCUAGUGCUGGAAGUAACAGAAGUAACAGAAGUCAUAGGUGGGAAUGGGGAGUAUGAUGUAGUACUGCAAAAAUAGAAUAAAACCAGUGUUCCCACUGGAUGUGGUUACAGAUUGAAGUGCAAAAUAUGGUUACCCUCUGUUCCAUCUUUUCCAAUAUUUCUUAUUUUAUUUUUUAAAGAUCAGAUGGAGGGGGGCACAGGGAUCUACAAAAUUAAAAUUGAUCAAAUUGGAAUACGUAGCAUUUAGGGAGAGUGGGAAUUGAUGUUUCCAACAUAUUCUUUCACUUAGAGUACACAAUUCAUUCUGCAUGCUUAUAUUGACGCCCAUUAUGUUUAACUCCUUUUCCCUUGGUCCCUAUACUUGGGUGAGAAGAUUAUAUCAAGAUUUGCAGGCAUUCCAUAUUUGACGAUGGAAGGUUUUGUGAUUUCAUUUUAAAUGCUGCAUGGUAUUAUUCCUCCUAAUUGGAAUACGUUGCACAAACUAAAAGACAAGAGUCGGCAGUGUGUCUUAAUAAGUUUGAGGGUAAGGUAUGCAGUGUACCGUUUUCUUAAACCAAUUUGCUCUGUACAGUGAUUCUCAGCAUGUAGCUUUUAUGAAACCUAACCCAGUAAUGUACCAGAAGUGGGUCUCUUGGAGAUUAAUAUAGAAAAAUGUAAGCCAGAAUCCGAACAUAGAUAGUCCCUCACACCGAGCAGGGCUUAGGGUGUAUGUUUCCACAAAUCCAAAGCCCUGGUCUCCAAGCCAGUUCAAAAUUCAAGCGGGACUGGAUUGAACACCUGGUGUCAACACCUGGUGACCUUGGGCACCUAGAAUCCUAGCAAGUUGCACUUCUGCUGCUUGCCAUGGCUCCCCUUUAGAAACAUUUCCAGCCCCUUGCUGCAAGCUGUCUCAGGUGGUUAGGUAAGCCAUCACUUAAAUUUCCACAAUGUCCCAAAAUACUGGCACACUGUAGGAAAAAUAAAUGGCAGCAAGAUCCAGCCUCCUUGGCUGGACAGAGCACUGUUAUAACCCUGGUGCUCUCUGCUAGGUUAUCCUUCCAGGUACUGUUGUUGGAGAAGCCCACCAGAGCACACUGUGUGCAGGGUUCUCCAAACUUGGAGUCAGUCCUGAAUUUAGAGAGAUUCAGAAGUAACUUGGCAUGUGGUUAAGGUAUAGAGCUCUGCUGUUCAAAGGGGGUGGGGAGCCCCACUGUGUAGACUCCAACUCUCCAGUGCAGCUAUAUCCAUCAUAGUAAUUCAAUAAUGACUUAAGUCCAUUGAUUUCAAUGGGUCUAGUCUAGUAACAGUCAGUGUGGAACAUUACUGGUGUUAAGGAUCUAGUCUGGUGUAAUUGACUUUGGAAGCCCACAUUCAAAUUCUAUAAAAAUGGAGCCAUGAAGUUCACUAGGUAGCUUUGGGCAAGGCAGAAUCUUUUGGCUAGUCUUAUCUCAUGGAGUUGUUGUAGAAUGGAGUAAUGCAAGGUAAAUAGUAAAAUAUAAACAUUACAAAUAACUAAUGGGGGUAGUAGUAAUGAAAGAACACAAUUAUUUAUUAAAAUAUGUGAGGCUGGUGAGGGGAUGAAACACUAAAAAUGCAUUCAUAUGAGGACAUCAUGGGUUUCUCCUGCUGAAAGUGAACUUUUUUUAGAAUUGUAAGACUGUCACAAAUUUUUACUAUGAAAAAGGAGUAGUUUGGGGACAUGUGCUGCAUUUCAAGUGAAAUGUCAACUGUCAGUGAAGGCACAAUUGUGAUAUUUGUCUCACACAUACUGUUACACAAUAAAUCAGUUGUGGCUGAUAACAUUUUGACUUGGUAGGGCUGCAGCUUUUAAUUUUGCUGUUUUUACAACAAUAGGACUUAUAUAGCACUUACUUUGGAAAGGGUGGUAUUACACAUGUGCAGAGUGCCACACAUAUACACACACACACUUAUUAGCCUGUUUAUGGAUGAAGGCACAAGCAUGAUUUUCAGACAAGAAAGACUUCAUAUCUCCUAUUUAUAAAUUCAGCCAUACCACAUGAUAGACACACCCAUUCCCAAAAAACUAAACACACAAAGUCUUAUAAAUGUAUGGAGAACUUAGCUACCAGUUACAUGCAGUUUUCCUCCCUUCAAAAAUCAAUUUAACUUUUCAUUAUCCAAAACACUUCUCUCUAAAUUAAAAGAAAAAGCGUUCCAACCUAUAGACAAAAAUAAUUGUUUCGUUUGAGCCAGGGCUCAGAGCAUAGCAAAACAUAAAUGCAAUUCAUUGCUCAGUCCUAAAAAAUGUGAGGUAAUAAUCUCUGUUCAUGCGCAGAGUGCAUCACAUCAGACUAAUCAUACUUAGCCUCUAUGUGUGAGAUAAGGGAGAAUAUCUUCCAGGUUUGGGAAUGAAUGUGGAGUCAUAUCCAGACAGGCAGACAGCUCAAACUUUUUAUUUUAGAAAUUCCCUGACAAAACUCCCAAAACAGCAAGCAUAAGUAGUAGCACCAGCAUUUCCCUACAUCUCUUUGCAUUCAAUAUAUCUGAACUUAAGCUAGGUAAUGCACUUGUUGGAAGCAGAUCCACGAACCUUUUGUAGAAAUACUCUGGGAAAUACUUUGGAAUUGCACAUGGCUCAUAUCAACCUGUCCUGUCGCAUCCUGAAAGCAGGGAACCCUCCUUGUUGAUUCUCUGGUUACCUGCGAAGAGAUUGGGCCUUGAGGGAUACAGUUCUGAGCUCAGAACCGGUGUAUGAUUCUGAAAAAGGCUAAGGCUGCCACAUGGGAUUAUACUUAAAGCAGACCUGUCUCCUCCCUGAUAGUGGCUAUGCUGGAUAGCCUCCUAACAACAGAUGGAGUAGGAGCCUUCCUAGUAUGGCUGAUUUUCUGGCUGUCAGACCAGUCACAUGAUUUUUCUGCUCAGAGAUACAUGGAAAGGACCUCUUUGCCAUAGCUGCACUUUUGGAUUAGGAUUGGCUGAGUGGUAGAGAGAGAUGAUUGGCUGGAGAACAGUAGAUUAGCAGAAAUGUUUGCAGAGCUUCUGAGUUUAGAUAAACGUGUAAAAUGUGUGUGGGACAGGAAAGAUUGGAUUUGAGAGGUCCCCCCCGCCAAUUGCUUAACAUUUUCAUUGAGUUGGCUGAGCCCCAGUAGCCCUAGUUGAUCAACCUCCACUGGAGGUUUGUAUAGUGAGCACAGUAGUGAAUGCAAAACUGGGGAUUUUUAAAAAAUAAAAAUUGCCUAUCCACAUCACCGCAUGCUAUGAAGUGUACUUGAUUUUAAUGCAAGUUGGAUCAAAUUCUGGUUCUGUUGCUUUUGUUUGUUUGUUUUGUUACAUACCUGUGUCUCCAGUUAAGAGAGUGCCCAUUGUCUGUAUUCUUAAAUCAUAGGUAAUAACUGAUAAAAAGGAACAGUUGUUAAAGAUAAUCAGAGCAGUACUUGCAUGUCUGGUAUUUCAGCGCAAGUAGUUAAUAGCCAAAAGAUGUUUGCACUUAACACUCUGUGUAACUUUCAGAUCUAUUUCAAGGCUAAAUGCUUUUUUUUAAAAAACUGCUUUUCUAAAAGUAAUGUGCAUUAUAGCAUUUAUUAAUAUAAUAAAUCAUCAUACUUGUCAGUCAAAAGCUAAGGAUGCAGGAUGUGUACUGACUAUUCCAGUGAUGGAAUAUAAAUCAUUCAAGAUUAAAUUAACUGAUAAUUUGGAAAUUUACUUGCAUGCAUUUUGCACUUCCAUUUGUUUUGAUGACUUGCACUUUCCACAACCAUCCAGGAUUUUUAUGAACAGUUUUUAAGGCAUCUCUCACCUCUUUCCUCUUCAUUUUCCAAUGGGCAAAUUUUCACAGGAAGGAGAGUAGCAACAUGGACGCCCUGCAGUAGCUGCUCCAAAAAGAUUGCUGUAUUUUCAUUGACAUGCAGUGCAUUACCAUAAUUGGCUUUUCUACAUGAUAGGAGAGAGGAAAUAAUAAUGUCAUUUUAUUUACAGCCAGAGUGUCGCUUUAUGAGACUUCUCCAAGUUUCUGCCAUGCUGUGUAGGUCAAAUGACAUCUUUUGAUCAGUCCUGUCCAAAGAUAUCAAAGCUGAGUGGCAUGUAAUGGAGACCUAGUGACAAACCAAAUCUAGAAAAGAAAUAAGACUGCCAGUUUCCCAUUAAACAGCCUGCUAAACAGCACAGCUUCCCUGUGUCGGCUACGAAACUACUCUGACCACCUAAAUCAGGAGAAUGAAAGGAGGCUGAAUUGGACAUUAGUACUGCAAAUGACUGCCGUGAUUGCCACUAUUUCCCUCCUUCCCCCUCCCCCAAAAAUCAGCAAGCAAACCAUGCGAGUUACAGUUAGACUGGUCUUCUCCCGUUUCAUUUAUGUUCUGCCACUUGCUGGUUUUCUGAUCUGGUUUGUUUAGGUUUGACAUCAGCCAAAUGGUGUAGCAGGAUAUCUCUGACAGAUAUUCUUACUGAUUUAACAAGUAGCAGACCUUUGCAAAGAUGGCUCUUCUACAGCAAGAUUUCAUCUUUCUUAAAAAGCACACACACACACACACCAAAAGCCCCGUCUUUCUUCCCUUUCAUCUUCUUGCCUUCUUUUUAUUAUUAUACUUACUGCGUACUCACUACGGUUGUGAACUCUUGCAGGGGUGGGGAUAUAGCUACAUGUAAGAUUGUAUUACCCAAAGGGCUUCUGUGUCUUUCCCCUUGAACUUUGCUAGCUUUUAAAACAGGAAAUUAAAGCAACGAGUUACUAUGUCUACAGUUACAGUGGGGCUAUCUGUAUGGUUUUCCUCAGGGACAAAUACUCAGAAUUGGCCAAAUCUCAAAAUCUUUAUUCUGUUUUCACUCAGUUCUCAGCAGAGUAUAAUUCCUUUUAGUCAGUGGGAGUUUGCCAAAGUGAGCACAGUGUUCAAACUGUGUGUGCCAAUAUUCCUACCAAACAUUCAUACUAGAAACUGGAGAGGGAAUCAAAGUCAAAGGUAAUUGGUUAAUAGAGUUUUCGCAUUCUUUUGAAAAUGUUGCAUGUUUGGCAUUUAGCAGAUCUUGAUACAUUGAGAAUGUGUCUGCUUAUAGUUUACAACCUUUCCUUUUUUGCUCCUACUUAAUACUAGUAUUCUUGAAAAGAUAUACUGUACUGUACUUAAUAUUUCAGCUGUGCAGUGUGCUAAACAGUCAUUUUUGUGGAGGUGGGAGGACUUGCUAAGCAGCUAUGUAGAAAUGUAGAACGCAGUUUCUCUAGCUCCCCUUAUCCCUUGUUCUACUGUAAUACUGUUCUACUGUAAAACAAAUUGUAAUUAAAAAAAACCCUCACACAUUUGCAUACUUUUAGACCUUUCCUGUGGUCUCAGUGUACAGAAAACCCAGUGACAAACACUUCUGCAAUAGCUGUAAUAAUAGUUUUGUUGCUUUUUUUAAACCAUUGGACAUUUGCAGCAUGCUAUCCAAUGAACAAUGGAACAAAACAAACAUUUUAAAUGUAGCCAAAGAUCCCACUGUCAGAGGUACCCAAGUAAAAUGUAACUUUAAAAAUGUGCAUAUAUAAAAAGAGCUGGUAGCUUCAGCCCCAUCUGCCGUGAUGCUAUCAUUCCAACCCAUUGUUGUGUUCAGCAGCAUAGCGAAGGCCACCUUAAUAUAUGGAGAAUUCAGAAAGCGGGAGGAAGAUUACCCUCUUGCAGUCUACAACUAUUACUCAAAACCAAAUGAUUUUUUUGCAAUUGAGUUCAGUUGGAAAGAGAAUUUGCUCGUUGCUAUUCAAUAAAUUAGCACACAUACUUCUCAAUAUUUUUUCCCCAGAAGUGAGAAUCUGCAGCUUUUUUUGGAAUAAGCUAGAAAGUUGGUUUGGGAGCUCUGUAGCUCCACCCCACCUUUAUUUUUACUACUAUGGAGUAAAAAAAUAGCCUUGCCAUCAAGAAGCUUUGGUUUCAUACUUCGCAGUUAGUUGAACAUAUUAAGCUGCCUUCAUAUUGAGUGAGAUGAUUGGGUCCACCAUGCCCUGUAUAGUCUACUCUGAUGAGCUGUGGCUCCCUGAGGUCGGCAGCAGAAGUCUUUCCCAAUACUGCUGCCUGAGACCCUUAUUUAAAUCUGGAGAUGAUGCAAAUGGAGGCUGAAAUCCACCUGCCUGCUGAUUUCACUACUUAAGGUGCCCUAGGCAUCCUGGGCCUUGAGUCUUUGUCAUCCUGAUCUCUGGUGUUCUCAAUAAUGCAGCAACCCUUUGCUCGACCAAAGUGUCACCUGUCUAGGUGAGUUGUGCCAUCUUCUAUCUGAAGUGACAGCCAUCUUUGAGUACCAGCAUCUUAACUGACUUCUUUUUCAUCAUCUCUGUUAGAGAAAUAACGUUUUUGACAAGAUGUUGGGUUUUCUUUCUCCCUCCCCUCACUCCCCACUCUUUUCUUUCCUGCAACCUCUUAGAGCACUUGAUCAAACAUAUAUAUUUCUGAAAGACUUUGCUUCCAAAUGAAAGCAGCUUGAGAAAAGAUGGAAACAGAAAGGAAGUUAAAUGUUGAUGGUGGAAGUUAAUGAAUCAGGUAAAAGAGAGGACAUGGUGUUAAAGAGCAUGCUCUUAACAACUUUUCUUCUUCUCCACAUAAAGAAUGUAUGGCAGUCAGUUGUGAUUCUGACAUCUGUUCUACCAUGUAAUAGUAAUUUGUAUAAGUAAUGGAAACAGGUUAAAUAUUUCCAUCCUAAUGUUGCCAGCAGGGAUAAAAACAAACAUUUCAAUGAAAUAUUCUUGACAGAGGAAGGUAUCGGAUGGACAGAUUCAUCUGCAGCUCUCCUUGACAAUCCAAAUACGUAAGGAAAAUGGUUGUAGAUGGAUUGCCUAGAAGAGAAGGUGAUGGAAGGGGAAGAGAUGGGAAGCUUUCAGAUGCCUUUUGCUUUAAGGGCUAGCAUUCAGCCCAGUAUGCAGAAGAACUACUGAUAGUCUUGAAGACCCUUCAGGUCUCUUACAGAGCUUCACAUCGAAACAGAAACAACACAUGCAUUUUGCCUCCUUUUCUUACUUCUGUAAAAGUGGUGAUUUUUUUAUUUUAUUUUUAACUGCCUCUUACACUUCACUUGUGAUCACCUUUUCGUUCUUCAGUAAUUUUAUAUGCAUGUGUGAAAGAGAUUCAGGAAACAGAGGUAGGGGGGAGUAUAUUAGUACAGAGAGUGAGUCUGGUUAUUUUACAGUUCUGAUUAUCUUCUGAUAGAAAAGUGGGGUACAAAUGUCAGAAACAAAUCAUAAAUAUAUAAUACAUGCAUGUAAACAUAAUGCAACAUACUCAUAUUAUAAUCCCUAGAAUGAUUCAUGCUCAAUUUUUGUGUACACUAAAUAUUUAACAGUUACCAUUUUAUUUACUUUCUGCUUCAUACUUUUCAUUGUUGGGAAUUUCUAACUGGAUAUUAUUCUGGAAACUGCUUUGAAGUAUUCUCUUCCUGAAUCCACAAAAUUUAUCAGUUCAUAGUUUGAGGUAGACCAUGAAGCACAAAGCACUUGAAGUUGAAAAAAAUUGGGCUUAAGCCAGUUUAUUAACCUCAAGGUCACUGUAGUUGAGCUAACUAAAAUGCAAAUCUGCUUUAAAGUUUGUUUUAGAUUCUGCAUGAAUGGCUUUUCCUGUUUUACAAAAAUAUAUAGAUAUGCAUAAGCAUGCUGAUACGUAUUAUUAUUUAAGCAUGUUCUUAACUUGCUUGGCAUGUGUAGAGUAAGAAAAGGAUCAGUUACAACUGAAGGAUUUUACACAUUUCCUAUAUGUAGAAACACUCUCCCAUGAACUUCUUCACAAGGCAUAUUAAAAUGAAUGAGACUAGAGGGACAUGCGGGACACAUGACAUACUGUGUCUGUUUUCAGUUUCCAACCAGAAUUAAGGGAACUACCCUAUGCACAAGAAGCUGGCUUAAAGCAUGCUAAUGUAAAGUUAUACCAGAUUCAAACCCUGUUUAGCUGCAGGACUGCUCCUGUGCCCAAGUCUGGCAGAGGGAAAGUGAGCCUUUAGAAUAGUGUUCUAUACUGGCUUGCCAAGUAAUGUGACUGAGCUGAACGGGCUUAAACCCUAACCUCUGUGGUCUCCCUCCCACUAUGCCCUGCCCCAGUGCUCUAGCUUUCACUGAGCUGGUUGUGCUGGGAUGAGAAGUUACACUGGAGUACCUUCAGCAGAGCUAGGGUUGGAGACUUAAUGCCGGCCGAGCCAGAGAUCCUAAGUUGCACAAUCCCAGCAGACCCUGCCAUAGGAUUGCACCCUAAAUUUCUCAUUUUAAUAUGUUACAUUGAAAACUACAGUGCUUAGCUUGUUUGUGACCAGGGUUGUUGUGAUUAUGAAACAGAAGUACACACAAACAAACAUAUGCUCAGUUACAAUAUUGAAAUUAAGUUUUAAACAUUUUGCCCUCAACAAAUAAUUAUUUGGCACCACUGAAAUUGCAUGAAGUUUAAUUGAGUAAUAAUUAAAAACAGUGUGGAAUCAAUUUCUUGUUGAACUCAAUGGCACUAAUUCUUACAGAUUUUAGCAGUUGUGGCUGCUACAAUGGUAAUCUUUUGCCCCCUUUAAAAUAACGAUUGUGGGGAAUGUGUGUUUUGUAUAGCAGAAUAGAAUAAAUGUAUGCAGAAAAUAAUAGAAUAAUUUAAACGGAACUGUGACUAAGAAACAGUAUCACUGUAUUCAAUAAAUAAUAUUAUACAAUUGCCCACCCCCACAAUACAUUAUCAUUAUCCUAUCCAAUUUGCUUUUGGCUUCUCAGACAUGGUCUGGGUUAUUUACAGUGUACACCUUCUCACUGAAGCAAACACAAUGUGCUAUACCACUAACACAUACAAUAUAUAGCACCUUGUGUCGACUUACAUUAGAAUACACAAAUUUUAAUGCUGUACAAAGAUGACAGCAUAUCUAUGGGGAGACAUUGGCAUCCAGAAGGCAUAUCAUAUGGGCACAGAUUUUUAACAAGAUGUAAUAAUAGAAAACAGGAAAACAGAUACUCUCGGUCUUCCUAUAGCUGUAAUUUGUAGGAUUUCCCUCCUGCAAAAUUACAGAGAGAGACAGAAAAUGAGACAAGAGAGGCUUGCUUGCAUUGUACACUAUAAUAUAGGUUGUUGCAAGUAUAUUUUUAGGCAUCUAGAAAUCAGAAUAGAGUGCUUGGUUUAAAUAUUUCUCUGUGAUUAUAGGCCACAAAUGUAACCCUGCAUCACACUUUUAAAAUACCUGUGCUGACACAGGAGCCAAAGGAAGAAAUUCAGUGGGAAAUGUUUUAUCACAGCAUUAAAUAAUUAGCUGACCUCCCUGACAGUUUCAUAUAGUAGCAAUUAAAUGCAAGCCUUUCUCUUUUCUUGAUGUAGAAUAUUGCAGCAUUUGACUGCAAACAAUUGCAGGACAAAAUUUCAAAGCUUUUAAUUUGAAUAAACAGCUUUUAAAAAACAUCACUGUCUAUUUCCCGGUGUAUUCUGUGUUAGUAGCAACUUUAUAGGCGUAAAAAAAAGAAGAAGAAGACGUUGACCUUGUGAAAUAGUGUAUAUUAUUUGUGUUAACAUUUUCACUAUAAACAUUAUUUCUGAAUCCUAAGUAUUUAUCCUACAACAACAGGAAUAUUUCAAUGAACUGUCCCCCCCAAGGCAAUUCUAUAAUUUAAACCAUGAUGAAUUAUAAUAUUAACAAAUGCACAUCUGUGUAUGUGUAUAGUGUAGCAUAGCUGUGUAAAUUCAGUUGACGUAAGGAAUAUUUUUUAAACGUUGAAAAUCAACGCAGUAAGUGUGUUCUGAAUUGCUUUGUGCUCCCCUGUAUAGCACUCUCAUAUUGUGAGCAUUGAAGCAAGCUAAUUUUGUCCAAUAAUAGUAGACAAUAUAAAAACGUUUUGUAAUUAUUAUUAUUGUGUGAUAUAAGCAGCAGUUUACAAUAAGAUUUUAUAGAACAAGCAAAGUAACAUGAAUAAAAAUAUAUAAUGUUCUCUCAUUUUAUAGGCACUGCAAACCAAAGUAAGUAAAAAGCAGAAUUUCAAGCUCAAUGCUUGUCUUUCCCACUUGUGGGUGGACAGCAAACUUUUUAUGGAGAUUUCUUUUCCCCUUCGUUUGCGGCUAGGUUACGUUGUAUAAAUAACAGAAGAAAAUCUUUACACCCAGCAAAAAUGCAUGACUUGCAACCGAUAGUACAGUUCACAACCACAAAAAAUUAGUAAGCAAAAAUUUAUGUUACGGAGUAAUUAUUAACCAGAUAUGUAAAGCCUGUGUUGGAGCAGUGUUUGGUGUUGAUUCCAAUAAGGGUUAUAGGAUAUGUAAAUAACUAUAGACAAAAUAAUGACCAGCAUAUAAAUUAUGUGAAUUUUUUCUCAAGAGACUUCUAGUGAGCUUUAACUUUGCAAUAUGUAUUACUGAAAUAUCACAAGAUUAUAUUAUUGCGUAGCAGUUUGUAAUGCAAAUGGUGCAAUUCUAUGCAUGCUUACUCAGAAGUAAGUCUUGCUGUCUUCAGUGCGUGUGUUUAGGUUUGCAGCCAUAUUUAUUUUAGGUAGCAGUUGCAACUUUUCUGUUAUUUAAAUCCAGUAACAAGGUCUUGAUACAGUAUGCUUAGCUGUGUAUGUUGUUGCAAAGUUAGGAACGUGUGCAUUUCCCCGUACUGUGUGAAAUUUAGAACAUUUUAAAAAUCACAAGCCAUUUUUGCAGCACAAAUGUUAAAAACAAUGCAUUUCUAAACCCUUUAAAAAUAAAAUUCAGCAUUACUAUGCUAGUCCACGGAAAAGCACACAUGGGCUGAUGCAAAGCCUCAUAUGUACCCAAAUGCACAAAGCUUCUGUGUGUGUAUAUGGAGCCCUAUUUACUUUAAUAGAGAGGUCAGCCUUGAGGAUAAGGGAACCUUGUGUGCAUCAUACCUCCUAAAUAGCUCACUUAGGGUGACUGUGAUCCUGAUUCCAUGUUCUUCUGUGUAGACGUUGUAGUACACAGGGUGUAAGAGGACGGAGUGUAAACAUACCUUAUGUCUCUUUGCAAAAGCACUGGCAGAUGGACCUCUGUGUUAAAGCAGCAUCGGUUUGUACAAUGAUAUUUUAGGGAUAAGAAAGUGUUUCUUCUGUUGGACUGAUUUUGGUGCAACCUUUAAAUGGCUAGUAACUGUAGCAAGCUGAUUUCCUAUUGUCUUCCGAAGCAAACGUGGUGUGCCACUGCUGGACUAAAAUGCCAUGAUGGCUUUUGCUGUAAGUCUCAACAACUAUGAAAGGGGAUAAUGCAGAGCAAGGUAAAUGGCAGGAUAAACUUACUCAUGUGUCUACCUUUAAGUAAAAUAUUGUAAUACUGAAUUUAUGGGCUUUUAUCCAUAGGUGUGUGUGUGUGAGAGAGAGAGGGGGAAAGAGAAUCUUUGUGUACACACACACACACACAGACCAUUAAGAGUAACAAAUGGCAAUAUCAAUCUAGGCUUAUAUCCCACCUAGAAAGAUAACCCCUGGCUUUUUCUUGCACUUUCCUGCAGAAAAGACUUGGGCUAAGUUUUGUUUAUUUUCCUGGAUCUCCUUAGCCCUGAUAAGAUUCAGUAUUAUUCUCUUCAAAUGUCUUUUUCAGUUAUUAGCAGUGGUUUACUAGAAACCACAUUCUUUUAAAAUGGUCCCUUUUAGUAAAAUAAAAUGAGGUCUGGUGGGAGGAGAGGAAGGUCUAAUGGAUCUUAGUAGCAGAGAAAAGUACUGGACUGUGCUGGUAGGUGAAAGGGAAUAAGCAGGCCUCCUUUUUUUGGCACACAGAUUUUCGAAAUGUUGAAUGCUGUUGAAUUAUGAGACCUAGGGGAAUAUCUUGCAUCUUAGCAUAUGUUUCUAAGAUAUAUUUUUUUAAAAGAAGAUUCCUUAUGGGGGAAAACCCAAUGCUUUUAAAAAUAAGAAAUCCGCAAAGUAAGCAAUUAGAAUUAUCUCGUGGGGAAAAGCCCACCCAGCAUUAGUCAGGAAUUUUUUUCCACCCCACCUUUCACUAUAUCCCGUUUUGCUGCUUUCUCUUUUCCUGAAUUGCUCCUGAUCAUCCCAAUUUAGCUAAGGACGAUCUGCUUAUGGAAAAGAAAGCUUCCCAUGUGGUUCUUUAGCUGGAUGGGAACUGUGUGGGCAAAUAGGUGCUACAUACUUGAGAUCCAUUUCUCAUCCAGCAGCUGGGGCCGUGCACUAAAGAUUAGAAUUAGAAUUGGGGGAGCAAGAGACGCUAUUCAAUUGCUUCUACGCCCCUUUUCCUCAGGAUGUUGAAAGAGCUGUAAAUGUGGAGCUCCAGGUGCUCCUUGGGUUCUCGGUUGGAUCAGAGCCACUGCACGCACAACAUGCCUAAUACAUAAAUACAUUUUGUGUGCAAACAUUCAUUUCAAAUAUUUUUCCAUGUUCUGUGAACAAUACGUAUAAGAAAAACAUUUCCUGUAUCCUUAAGCUCAUUGACACACACACAUAUACACACUCACCUAUUAGUACGUAUGACAUGGUUUUUCUAGCAAAGUAUGGUUUCUAGUAGAGUGGAGCUGACAUGGCGUACAAAUUAUUUCUACUACAGUGCAAAAAUCUAUGUUUAUCACUUAGGGUGCAUGCCUGCCACUUCUGUGAAUUGGGCCCUUAGAAUAGAUGUAUUUUGAUCUAAUGGCCAUCUGCUCAUGAAUAUCACAUUUGCUAGUUUAAAAAAUAGUUUGAUUCCGAUAAACACGUAAUUUGGUAAGAUUAUAUCGUUUCACCAGGUGGCAUCACAAUAGCAAAGUUUGAUGUUUACUGUAAGCCAAUAAUCAAGCUGGAUAUUCCGUUGCAUGCUUUAUAUUUGUCAGCUUUAAGUAUUCAUCUCUCAUUUUACUUUAGUUUUCGCUGCCAACUGCUCUUGCCAGAAUUGUUGUGUGAUAUCUGUGUCAUAGUUUAACACAGAGAUGGAGAACCUGUGGCAUUCCAGGUGUUGUUGGACUCCAACUCCCAUCAUCCCUAGGCAGCAUGGCCAGUGGUCAAGGAUGAUGGGACUUGGAGCCCAACAACACAUGGAAAGCCACAGGUUUCCCAUACCUGAUUUAGCAAAAGGCUAAAGUGCUGCAGACCAUUAGUAUGAGCCAAAAAUCUGUAGCAAGGUGUCACCUUUGGUUUCACCAGCUCUUUAUAAUUUAAAUGCACCUUGGGGCUUAUACUCCAGGUGUAGAAAAUGGUAUGUAAUAUUCAAAGUCAACACUGCAGGAUUACCCUGAGGAACUUGUCACAGUAAGUCAAUAAUGACGUCCCUUCAAUAUCUAUCCCUUUUUUGUUAUUGUUUAAUUCGACAAUGCAUUUCAGUUGCUUUCAGCAACUGAAGACACACAGCAUUUUAUCUGUGGGAAACUGACCCACUAAGUUUACCAAGAACUAAAUCCAUUAAAAUUUCAAGGAUCUGGAUACCCAGAGAAGUUGUAAUAUCCACCUACAUCCUCUGUGCCUAUGUUAAGAAUAUAAUGUCUGAUCCUUUUUCCCCCCCUGUUCAGCUAUAUUGCAGUUAAACUUACCCUGGUGAGUAGCCACACUGUUUAAACUAGCUUGGUGCUUUUCAAGGAAACUCCAUUAAGAAGAAUCCAUGUAAAAACUGUUUGGCACGUGCACAUGUUAUCGUAGUAGUUUGGGCAUCACAGUAAGCCAUGAUUUAUCACGACAGGAAUGAUCGACAGGCUUUUGAAAGGAGGAAAUUGGAAGCUUUCGCUUUUGAUUAACUUCAGUCAAGCAUUGCAUGUGAACCCUAAACUGUGGUUGAUACUAACUUUGGUUUUCCGGAAAAAAGCAGUUUCCUAACUCAUUUGAAAUAAACAAAUUUCAAACAAUGAGUCAUAGCUAAAAUUAAUAUAGCCGUAGUUUCUCAGGUUUGGGCCCUUUCGGUAAAAGACAUGUCUGGUCACAAAAAGGAAGCAAAAUCUUCCAAUCGCCUCCUUGCAACACUGCUGGAGAAAGAGGGGAGAGAAGGGAGCAUUUGAGCCCGAAGUUGGCUGUGGCCCAUCGCUGUCAAGAUUAACCCUUGUUUUUUAUAUUGUCCAAAAACAGUCAUCAGCAGGCUUAAGGAGCAAUCCUGUAGGAGGAUCUGCUGGGAUGAGUGGGUUAGGAUCCAGCAGAUCUCUGGCUCAGCCAGGAAGGUCCUCAUGCAGCCAGAUUAUGCUGGCCUAACUUCCUCACCUUCAUGUUAGCCAGAAAUAAACCAGCAUAUGUCCCCCAUACCAGCUCAGGCAGGACUCGGCUGACUGAGUCAAGCCUGGCAGAUCUUAAACUGGAGUAAGCCCUGAAAAGGGGGCAUGGUGGGGGUGGGACUGGACGGGGUGGGGUGGGGUGGGGGCACUUAGGCUGGAUCCAAAACCCAUUCAGGUUGGUCACAUGACCUGGCAACCUGAUAUAAAUUAAGCUGGCAAAAAGGGUAGUGUACCUCAAGACACCAGCUUCUUGUGUAUAGAAUUGCUCCCUUAAUUUUCCGAUAAUUUUCCAGGUGCUCUAGCUUUUUCCUACUGAAAUUUCUUUGAUCUGUUAAGGUUUAAAACUUUUUCAUUUCCCCCCUCCCUUUUAUUCUAAAUAUUUUAAGUCUAUAGAAAAGAGCCUUCAGUAGCAAAGCACUGCCAUAGGGUGCAAGACUAACCCUAGAUCUGCCAGAAUGCGCAAGUUAGGAUUCGUCACAGUGCCUUCAUUCUGGCUCAACUGUAGCUAAGCCAAGAUUUGUGGAACAUAUGCCCUGAAAAAAUGAGUGUUCCAAGGGAGAGGGGCAGGACUAAGCACACACUGGAUCAUCCUGGUCACAUAACCUGGUAAUCUGGCGUAACAUAUGUUGGCAAAAAGGGUGCUGUAAAUCAAAUUCUGUUUAUAAGGCAUGUUUUCCCUCUGCCAGGCUUAGAUUGACUCAGUUGGCAGUAGCCCACUCUUGAAUGGUGUUUUGAUCUAGCAGACUUCACACUGGUUCAACUAUAUUAUAUUAUAUUAUAUUAUAUUAUAUUAAUUAUAUUGGCUCCCCAUACUUGGGAUUGUUCCUUUUGUAUUUCUCUUUUUUGACAGCUGUUUCAACAUUUUAAAAAAUGAGCUAUUCUUUAAUUUUGCACUAUGAAUGAUGUCACUGGGUUGGUGGGGGUAUGUUUAAUGCUAUUUAUAUCCGACCAUGCAUCAUUUCAGAUGCAUAAAUCUUAAUGCUUCUUAAAUUAAUGUUGUGAUAACAGCAACGCUAAUAAAAAGAAUCCCCUGUCGAUUUGUACCAUCGUUUACAUUUCAGCCUUUCAGUAAUGGGUAGAGGAAAGCAGAUUUGCCCAGUGACUAAUUGUUCUUACCUUACUUUCAAAUCCAAGUGUAUAUUCUAGCUCAGUUGCCAUUAUUGCCAAGGUGCUCUAUUGGACUAUCCAUCUUGGAACUCUGAUACGCAAGUUCAAAUUUAUCUUCAACCAUAGAUUGCUCUAAGGCUGCUUAUACAAACUUAACAGGAAGUAACUCCUAUAAAGCUCAGUGGGACUAUUGGAAUAAAUGUGAUUAUCAUGUUAAUGUCUCUGAGCCAUCUGUAAAAUAACAAUAGUAGAGGUACCAUUGUGUGCUUUACAUGUAAGAACCCAAUGUUUUGGGAUGCUUCGAAGUUGGGAAUCCAGGAGAGAAAGUGGCAAUGAGAGAUGAUUGGCUGGGAAGAAGGGAAGAAAAGGUUUGUCAAGAGCAAUGGGAUGCUGAGACUUGCUUCAUGGGUGGGAAAGGAAAGGCGGAACUGGAAGAAGAUGGAUCAGGUUCUAAGCCAAUUAGGAAAAUUCUGGAACAAAGAUCUUUGAAAUGAGUGGUACUGGGACUUCUUGAUCAUCUGUGUGACUUGAGAUCAAGGCACUGGAUGUAUAGGGGUAUUUUCUAAAAUAGAAAGGGAGAUAUAGAAGGAAGAUAAAAGUUUCACAGGAUUGCUUUUGUGAAGUAAGGUGAUGACUCUUUGUGUAUGAAAGAUUCCCAGCUUCUGGAGCCCAAAGCUUCAGCUUUUGUGCUCAAGUUGGGGUUUAAUGAUUAAAAUAAAACAAAGUCUAAAAUCUUGUCUGGCUGAGUAAGAAUGGGUGUGACACAUUCUGAAGUGGUGAUAGCCUGGAAGUAAACUUGCGGACGAUCUUGUUUCUUCCCAGCUUAGCAAAACAAACAAAAGGUUAGAAAUAAACAUGCAACUGAAGACAUUAGCUGCCAGCCAGGUCUUCACAGCAGAACCUUGGGGUUAUGAUUUGCCAAUUUAAUAAGCAAUAUCCAGGGAUGGCCCAGGAGGUCAGGGUUGGAGACAACAGGUAUAUCAGAGGGUUGAUGAUUUUGUGCCAAAUAAGAGAGCAUUUCAUAGAAGGUGCUACCCCUGGCCCUUGGAAAUGAAAGAGGCUUCUCCUGUGUCUUCCAUUUCUAAACUUAGCCUUCCUCUAUCAAAAUUAAUCAAAAUUAGGGCUAUUUCAUAACACCACUCACAAGGUUGUUUGGAAGGAAAAAUAUAUAAACAUUUCAAAUCAUUGUUCGCAUUAAUGGACUAAUAUAAGUAACAGUAAAGGGACGCGGGUGGCGCUGUGGGUAAAACCUCAGUGCCUAGGACUUGCCGAUCGUAUGGUCGGCGGUUCGAAUCCCCGCGGCGGGGUGAGCUCCUGUCUUUCGGUCCCAGCUGCUGCCCACCUAGCAGUUCGAAAGCACCCCUAAGUGCAAGUAGAUAAAUAGGUACCGCUUUCUAGCGGGAAGGUAAACGGCGUUUCCGUGUGCUGCGCUCUUGCUGGCUCGCCAGAGCAGCUUUGUCACGCUGGCCACGUGACCCGGAAGUGUCUCCGGACAGCGCUGGCCCCCGGCCUCUUAAGUGAGAUGGGCGCACAACCCUAGAGUCAGACACGACUGGCCCGUACGGGCAGGGGUACCUUUACCUUUUUUAUAAGUAACAGUAGUACAUGCUUCUUAAUAAUAAUUCAUAAUUGAUGAUAAAUUUGUUUUACAUCUGCCCUUCUUCAUUACCAUAUAACUUUAUAAAUGCUUAUUUGCUCAUGUUGAGUGCUUCAAGUAGUAUGUAGUGUUGAGUGCUGGACUUGGAUGAUGGAGAUUUGAGUUUAAAUUCCUACUUACCUUUGAAACUCACCAGAUGACCUUAGUUGUUGUACAAAUAAAAUGAGACUUAGAAAUGUAAUAAAUGAAUAAAUAAAAAAAUAAACACAACCUUUUACCUAAUUUAUUCCAGAAAAUCCCAAUUAGUUGCAGUGGCAAAAUAAGUGUUGCAAAUCAGAAAAAGUGGCUGAAGAAUGAAUUCUUAGCUUUAUUCAUACCAGGUUAUUCUGUUAGUUAAACAUAAAUCCUGCUGAAAUGUCAUGGUAUAUUUUUAAUUGCAACUGAAAAUGCCGAAUGCCAUGCUUAAAUUGACAGGAUGUGUAUCUUCAUAAAGCUGAGAAAUAGGGAUAUGUGAUCUAAAAUGUAAGCCUCAGUCUCACUGUAGUAGAAACAGUGGUGGGAAUGAAACGAAAUGUGUACGUUCUGUAAUGAAUUUUUAUUUUCUUAUGUAUUUUUCUAGCUUAUGUUCCUGAGGAAGAACUGAAAGCAGCAGAGAUUGAUGAAGACAGCGUGGAGGAUGACGGACUACCUCUGGACAUCCAGGAAACUGACUACAUGUGCAAUGAUGAAACGGAGAUCAAAGAGGCUCAAAGUUACCAGAACUCUCCAGUCAGCACAGCAACGAAUCAGGACGCAGGUUAUGGGUCGCCAUUCAGCGAAAACAGUGACCAGCUGGCUCAUUUCAAAAGCACUUCCUCCAAAGAAGAGAGAGAAGAUCACCAAUGCUUGGACAAUGCUUCCUAUCCACAGGACAGCUUGGCACAAAUAAAAGCUGUCUAUGCAAAUUUACUAUCGGAGUCUUGCUGGUCUAGUUUAGCUUUGGAUUUAAAAAAAUCAAAGAGUAAUGAAAACAGCCAGAAGGAAAAUACCACUAAUAGCAACUCUACUAUCACUACCCCAAGUACCAAUACUAGUACUAGUACCAGUACUAGUACCAGUACCAACACUAGUAUCACUACAAGUAUCAGUAGUACUAGUAACAGUAACAAUAACAGUGGUGGCUCAGGUUAUGACUGGCAUCAAGCGGCAUUAGCCAAAACUCUGCAGCAGACCUCAUACGGACUUCUCCCAGAACCUAGUCUAUUCAGCACAGUGCAGCUUUACCGGCAAAACAAUAAACUGUAUGGUUCUGUGUUCACUGGUGCCAGUAAGUUCCGGUGCAAAGACUGCAGUGCAGCAUAUGACACACUAGUGGAGCUAACAGUGCACAUGAACGAAACUGGACAUUAUCGGGAUGACAACCGAGAUAAAGAAGCUGAAAAGACCAAACGGUGGUCAAAGCCCAGAAAGCGAUCGCUUAUGGAAAUGGAAGGCAAAGAGGACGCCCAGAAAGUGCUCAAGUGCAUGUACUGCGGCCAUUCGUUUGAAUCUUUGCAAGACUUGAGUGUCCACAUGAUAAAAACAAAGCAUUACCAGAAAGUGCCUCUGAAGGAACCAGUACCAGCCAUCACCAAACUGGUGCCUUCUACCAAAAAGCGAGCACUUCAAGACUUAGCUUCACCUUGCUCACCUGAGCCGACGGCCAUCACAUCGGAGAGCACACUUAGCGAGGCAGGGAAGGACCAGAAAACUGCCAACCCCUACGUGACUCCAAACAACCGCUAUGGCUAUCAAAAUGGUGCUAGCUACACUUGGCAGUUUGAGGCCCGCAAAGCCCAGAUCCUAAAAUGCAUGGAGUGCGGCAGUUCUCACGACACUUUGCAGCAGCUGACUGCUCACAUGAUGGUCACGGGACAUUUUUUGAAAGUAACUAAUUCUGCUUCCAAAAAGGGGAAACAGCUAGUAUUGGAUCCUGUGGUAGAAGAAAAGAUCCAGUCCAUACCUUUGCCUCCCACCACACACACGAGAUUACCAGCUGCAAAUAUUAAAAAGCAGCCCGAUUCUCCGGCCGAAUCUACAACUUCUGAGGAGAAGAAGGACAUGGAAAAGGAAAAGGUGAUCGUUAGUGAAACAGACAAAAAGAUUAAAGAAGAGAAUGAGGACUCUGCGGAAAAAUUUGAGCCAACGGCUGUGUAUCAGUACCUCAGAGAGGAAGAUCUAGAUGAAAGCCCUAAAGGUGGGAUAGAUAUAUUAAAAUCCCUGGAAAAUACAGUGACAACAGCUAUAAGCAAGGCUCAGAAUGGAGCACCUUCGUGGGGAGGCUAUCCAAGCAUUCAUGCAGCUUACCAGCUUCCGGGGACUGUUAAGCCCAUUCAGCCAGCUGUGCAGAGUGUUCAGAUGCAGCCAUCGUACGCCAGCAGCGUAAAAUCCUUGUCUUCGGAACACAGUGCACUGAUCCAUUCGCCAGGGAACCUGACGCCACCACCUCACAAAAGCAAUGUCUCUGCAAUGGAGGAGCUAGUGGAGAAGGUCACGGGCAAAAUCAAUAUAAAAAAAGAAGAAAAGCCUGCAGAGAAAGAGAAAUGUUCUCCAGUCAAGCCAUUGUCACCUGCUGCUAAGGAGAAUAAAGACUUUCCAAAAUCAGAGGAAACCAAGCAGCAGCAGCAACAGCAGCAGCAGCAGCAGCAGCAAAAAAAGGGCCCUGAAACAGAAGUGCAGAAGGUCAAGAAGGACAGUCCAGCAGAUCCUCAUGCACUUAACGGUACCGAGCUACCUAAAGCAAAAGUCACAAACGGCUGUAAUAACUUGGGCAUCAUCACAGACCAUUCAGCUGAGCCAUCAUUCAUCAAUCCACUGAGUGCUUUACAAUCCAUCAUGAAUACCCAUUUAGGCAAAGUUUCCAACCCUGUAAGUCCUUCUUUGGACCCUUUGGCUAUGUUAUAUAAAAUUAGCAACAGUAUGCUGGACAAACCCAUUUACUCGACGACUCCGGCCAAGCAAGCUGAUGCUAUCGACCGGUAUUAUUACGAGAACAGCGAUCAGCCUAUUGAUUUAACGAAGUCCAAAAGCAAGCCCCUGGUUUCCAGCGUGACUGAUUCGGUCUCAUCUCCUCUGAGGGAAAGUGCCCUGAUGGAUAUUUCCGACAUGGUAAAGAACCUCACAGGGCGCUUGACCCCCAAGUCUUCAACACCGUCUUCCGUGUCAGAGAAAUCUGACGCGGAUGGGAGUAGCUUUGAGGAGACGCUGGACGAACUGUCACCAGUACACAAGAGGAAAGGUAGGCAGUCCAACUGGAACCCUCAGCAUCUUCUAAUCCUUCAAGCCCAGUUUGCUUCUAGCUUGAGGGAGACUCCUGAAGGCAAGUACAUUAUGUCGGACCUAGGCCCACAGGAGCGGGUACAUAUCUCUAAGUUUACUGGUCUUUCCAUGACCACAAUUAGCCACUGGCUGGCCAAUGUGAAGUAUCAAUUAAGGAGGACAGGUGGAACUAAGUUUUUAAAGAAUUUGGACACAGGUCACCCUGUUUUCUUUUGCAAUGAUUGUGCCUCUCAGUUCAGAACUGCUUCUACGUACAUAAGUCACUUGGAGACACAUUUAGGGUUCAGUUUGAAGGACCUGUCCAAAUUGCCACUAAAUCAGAUUCAAGAACAGCAGAAUGUUUCAAAAGUCCUCACAAAUAAGACUUUAGGCUCACUUGGAAUUGCUGAGGAGGACUCAGGCUCCACAUUCCAGUGUAAGCUCUGUAACCGAACUUUUGCAAGCAAGCAUGCAGUGAAACUGCACCUUAGUAAAACACAUGGCAAGUCCCCUGAGGACCAUCUGAUCUAUGUAACUGAGUUAGAAAAACAUUAGCGUCCAGGUAAGCAGCCAGGUAUGCAAGUGACCACAGGAACAUUGCACUAAACUUCUUCAUAGUACUGCACUAGGCCUGAUCUGAGCCUCUGAAAUCAGUCUUACUUUUGUUGCUGAACUGCCUAUCUGGACCUUGGUUUUUCUUACAUACAUUUUGUAGUUAUAUUUAUAUGCUCUUUGUCUGAUCUGUGCAUGUUUUUUUUAAACCUUUCUUUUCUUUUUCUGUGAGUCAAAGUCUGACCUUUAUUUUCAACAUCUGUCCUUGAUGUUAAGCUAUCUUUUGUAGAAUAUAGUGGGAGACACUAUUGAGAGACGUUAAUUUAGCCGUAAAGAAAGACACAAAGAACAAUAACAAAAAGACAUCCUAAAAUUACAAAGUUGCCAUGACAAUAAAGGUCACAGAACCCCGUAGUGUCAGUUUUUUUUAACCCUCUGAGGACUGUAAUAGCAUUGUUGUGCCUUUCCCAAAAGAAGGUUUUGUGUUUUAAUUUUAAAAAAGGCAUUUCAUAUUAACAAAACUGUGUUAAAAUGUCAAAAAAAGCCCUUUUAAAAAUUGCAGUCUGAUUUGCAGAGAAAAGAUGCAUGCAGUUCUUUGACGAUGAUGAAAAGCUAUGAAGUGCUCAAGGGGUUAGAAAACCACAGUCGUGUUUAAGAAAAUAAAAAUAAUAAACCAAGUUGCCACUAUGCCCAAAUCCUCUGGAUGCUGAAAAUUGCCACUUGGCUGGCAAAAAAAAGUAUGCAAGUUAUUUUUAAAAAAUGUACAAAUGCUUUCCCCCCCCCUUUUCUUUUUUCCCCUGUAAGAUACUGCAGUUUAUAGUUAUUUACAAAUGUAAGCUUUGGUACAAGCUGACCUUUCUAUAGUGUGCUGCAUUGGUACAUUUAAAACAAAACAGAAAAAAGUGGGGCAAGUGUUGGAUUCAGUUCCUUGUAAAUUGCCAGCAUCAGCUUAGGGGGAAAAAAAAGUACAUGUUACAUAUCGUACCAUUUUAAACUGUUCAACUUCCUUUGUACCUUCUGGCUGUAUGCUUUUCUCUUUUAACUUUUUAUAUUGUCAUUUUAUAUUCAAUUUCUGUGUAUAUAAUGUAAAACCACACUUUUUUUGAAUAAAAUUUAGUUCCUGCAGCUUGAGUUAAAUAGAGAAAUUUUACUGGCACCUGCAUCUUCCCAGAUGCAUGUACUCAAAGGAACUAUCUGACAAAAUAAAUAAAUAAAUAAAAAUAAAGCAAGCAAUGCACUAUGAAUUAUACAUUUUGAUGUUUUAUCAUUAAUAUUGUACAGUAAAUUUUUUUUUUUGGUUCACACAAUUAAAUCCACUGUUUUCUCAAGUGUAAAAUAAACCCACAUGCAGUUCUUGAUUU